AUGCCGUUGGCUUUCUUCACUUUUUAUGUGCUGCUUUUUGGCGUUCUCCUCUCCGCUGAGAAUGGUGAUUUUAUUGAUUAUUACUGGAUUUUCAGUGUUAAUGUUUUUGAGACAUUUUUGGUUCAUUGAAUAAAUUGCGUACGUAAGUUUAAUCUUACGUACUUACUAGUAAUUCCUAAUUCGAAGGGUGGUAGAAAUUUGUGUAGAUUGUACCUUGUUUUUGUUUGGUUUUGAGUCUUUUAGUUUGUUAAGUUAAAGUGUCUAUGCAUAUUACCAGUAAAUAUAUAUUUACCGCGGUCAAGUACAUUAUUUUCCUGUCUAGAUUAUCUCACUUUUGUCUGUAUUUACCUUUUUAUUCCUCCAAAUUUCGCCUUUUGGAGAGUCGUUACAUAAUCCUCGUUUCAUUUAGUGGAAUAUCAACUCCAAAUUUUAGAUCGUCAGACAGUAUCCUGAGUUUUUAUGAAAAAAGAGCAGGCUUUACGAAAAGACCUAGUCGAUGUACGCACUGUUUUCCUAAGUACAACAGCGCUUGAAAUAGCGGCGAUAUUCCACUUUCUAUCAUUUUCCUCUGAUGACGAACCAUUGUUGACUUGGCAUAUUCGCAAGAAUAUGCAUUUUAGAUUAGAUCGCGUUCAGUAAUAAUGAGGGAGACUUACGUCCGUAUAAUUCGAUUUCAUAAAUAUUUCGGGUAACUGCGGAAGACAUUUGUACUCGAAGUGGUAAGUGAGCAUCUUUGAGGAUAUGUAGACGUCGUAUUCGUGAACAUAGAAAUUCAAAUUCGCCACUUGAGAGGAAUUUGCGACAUGCUUUUACAACGCCCCAUAUACUGAAUACGUAAAUGGUGCAAAUUGCACGUUUAUUCUGCCAAGCCAAUAGUAAUCAGUAACAUUUAAUUUACAACCAAUGCUUUCUGUCUUAAAGUAGCAACGGGUCCCUAAAUGCAUCUAGGCACUUGCAAUGAAACUUACGUCUGUCUGUCGACCACGAGGACGCGUUUCACGGACUAUUCGCAUAGCUGAACAUUUAAACAGAGCCGCCAUAUGAAAAGGCAUGUGGUCCGCUUGUUGCAUUGAGUGGUGACGAGCAUUUACCUGGUUUGUAGCCUACAGAACCACUGACCUAGUCUAACUAUAGCGUUUAUUUACAAUUAGGUGGUCCGUGAAGGGUCGCGCAAUUUAUAUGUUCUUUUUUACUAUGCCUUGCAUAUGUCACCUGUGAAUGGUUUACCACAUUUACAGUUUUUCCCGCGCAUAAAAAUUUACAAAGGCUUUUUGUUUAUAUUCUUUACCGUGCACUUUGCUGAUUACCUUAACUACUUCGCUUUCAGGCAAAAUAUUUGAAAUGUAAAAUGUUAUUAAAUCAUAUUCACAUAUUUGUUCUAAACCAGUCAAAAUUCUUUUAAAAGGUUAUCUCGCACCUCAACAGCCAUGCUGACUUAUGCAGAGUUUAAUUUUCAAAUGGACACUCGAUCUGACAUCGUUUAGGUCCUAAAAAAUACGCACAUGCCUUUCUAAGAGUACAAGCGGAUACGCGGCUCAACCAUGCUUUCACCGUUGAACCUAUGAUUUGCGCGGUCAGACUCUGGGAGUAAUAUUGAUUCUGCGGUUUAUGUUCUAUGUCCCAACACAACACUAUGAUCAAGGCAACGAUGAGAAAGAGGUCACAAAGUAAAAAAACUUUCUGACCAUAACGCCUAACAGCGCGGAUGAACAAAAAUUGGCAUGCUUUAAUAAUUACAUAUUUCUAUCAAGCUGCAUCACGUUAUGGAUCCUGGAUCUGAUUUUAGGAAAAUAUGCUGUUUUCUUUCACGUUAAAUAUUCUCGAAUCAGUUCUCCUAACUGACCAUUUCGAAGAUUGUGUUAUUUCAUCAGUGAUUUCGUUCGGAGCCUUAAAAUUAAUUACUUAACUCUCUAAUCUAUCUGCAACUUAAUAGAAGACGAAAUGCCCUCUAUUUUGCCGUCGUUCUAUUUCAUUUUUAUAGUUUUUCAGACAUUUCGGACGUCCGUGCCUCAGAUAUUUGUUCCGCCUAAUUUUGUAACAUUGUUUUAGACUGGGAAUCUAUUUUUAGAGAUGUAGAAACUGUAAAAUAGUCCUUUGUUACUCAUAAGUGUCGUUCCUCUCUCACUGUCAUCAUUUGCAGUUAUGCUUUUCCGGCGCCCCUUGCUGAUUUAUAAUUUUAAAUAGGAUGCGAACGUUGCGCUUUAAGAUUUUUGCGCCACAUUUUUCUGGUAUUUCAGCUUUUUCCAUACAUUUUUUUAAAUUUCAGCAGCAUCCCGUCGACGGACACUAGUCGCAGAUUUUUCCGGACCCAGAUACCUUCGCUGGAGCAAUUCAUCCACAGCACUUGUCUGUCCGCUUCAACUUCCGGUUUUCGUCGUUUGCUUUUUAUUUAUGCCUCAUUUUAGAACCGGAAAAUAUGGUACUCAUCAGCCACCGUCUAUAGUAUAUUUUUUGGCUGUCCUGAGAAUUCAUCGGAGUCCCUCAUUCUUCCGGUCUUUCCGGACGUUGGAAAUAUAACGUAGUUCUCUUGUUUUUAUGUCUCCGUUUUACGAUACAUUGUCCUUUGUAGUGCUGUUGCUGAGAAUAACACGCAUACGGCAUACUGCACUUUUUCACUACUCGGUGAGCUGAUCGAGGCUCGUGGCACACUGACCAUAGGACGUAGGGAUGAGGUUUUUUCCGUGCAAGUAUUUGCAGCGCCGGAUGCCUUGCUGCUUAUCAAUACGACGAUAUGCAAAACGGUUAGUUUUUAGCGCAUUCGUUCCACGUCAACUGAAAUUGCCAUCUUAUGAAACUCAGUAAGUCCAUACUUCAAACUUUCUGUAAUGAUAAAAACGGUUUUAUCCCAGGAGGUAAUUAUGAAAACACAUAAGCAUCAUUUUUUACUGAUCACUUCUAAACCUGUUUUAAAUUGUUUUUUUCCUUUUCCAGGCGCUUUUAUUUGCUCAUAUAUACGUAAAUGCCUAUCCUACUCCCAGGCUACAUUUUAAGGCCUUUUCAAUUCCACCUCGAAAUGAUAAAUUAUCACGAAUUUCUCUUGGCUGAAAAGGCUACGUUUGCAUCGCUAACUGGGAUUCCGAUUCUUUUCAGUUUUUUUAAUACCACUGCAUCUUUCAGAUUCUCGUCUGGACUAACUGAGCGAUGUUUUUUGCCUUACUGUCCUUAACUUGCGGUUGAAAUGUCACUGUUCACUCAUUGCAAAUGACAGUGGCUAAUACCUAAAAAGACAGAAGAAUGCUAUUAAACUGCGGUACACGAAACAUCUUUGCAAUUAGUAGACGGGCUUAGUAUGAGAAGUUCAAUUUCGGUUUGCUUGUUGGUGGACGUUGAUUUUCACUUAUUCAAUUUCGUGAAUAGUUAGGCAUCGACUCGAGAAAAUCACCUCUUAAGGAUGUUAUUUGUACAACCUGUUAUAACUUAAAUAGAGAUCUCGACGUUUUGCCCUAUGAUUGAGAUCUGCUUUAUCCGCCACUGUAACCCAAUUAAUUUUUUUCUCGUCUUAGGAAUGUUAGGUAUCGGCCAUUUCACAACGUUACUCUAAAGUUGUAUUAUUAUGAGGCGGAAGCCAGAGCCCUGCUUCAAUUAUAUUAUGUUAUUAACUCCGUACUUCCUACACAGCCAGAAUGCUAGUUAGCCCUCCUGCCUCCUCACCUUCACCAGGCCCGUCUGUGGAGCUCAUUUACUUGACUGGCUGUCUUAUCAUGUUUGAAUUCAUUGUCCCAUUUUGCACGUAACUAUCCAAUGACCAUGUGCAGCUGAACUAGAGGUCUUUAAAUUUGGCGGUACCAUUAAACUCCCCAUAUUCCAUGCUGCAUUUCAGUCAGGUUAGCAAGCGCCGCUGCCACUUGGUUUUAAGUAGUCCCCUUUAAAGGCCACAUACAGGGAGUUCAGCGACAAACCUGGUCAGCAUCCGUACCCUGUAUCGUUUUUCCUUGAUAUCAAUGGCAAAUAAGCUAAAGAUGGUGGUUUCAGUUGGUUGUUUUACCAGGAAUACCUCUCGUUACGUCUUAUUGACCCCCUUUCGUAAUAGCAGGAAAACCAACCUUAUUGCUUGCUUACGCCGGAACAGUCUCUAAGCGCCUGAAUGCUGCAGAAGGAUUUUCAGUCAACACAAUUAUCCGCAAACCUACUUUCAUCAUCUUAAAAUUACUUUUCUAGUCAGUAAAAAUUGACUUAGGUGACGAUCAUUGGGUUUUUCUCCAUGAGCUCAACAAAUUCCCUCUCUUUCAAAGCAUUACACAGGUGAGAUGGCAAAAUCAAAACUAUCAUGCUAGAUAAGUCAGUAUAACUCUUCCCAUCAAUGCAGCUCCUUUGAAUCUCACUCGAUGUUGCCCCUAGUGACAAAGCGUGCACUUUUUCUCAAUCAUUGACUUUCUUCGGAAUUAUACUUCCUAACAGGGCAAAGUGCGCAAUGGGUCUUGCAGCAGUCUUGAUGCCGAUGGCUCACCAUACACUGGGGUUCAGGUGAACCAGCGCUUUGAAGACCGCUAUGACGUAAGAUAUGAAGUGACUGCGAAGGAGGAUGAGAAACACAGGUACAUACAAAUGAACUAACGUAGCGAGACGUUUGCUUGCUUGCAGAUGUGAAAACUUUUUAAAUGUGCUUCUCUUUGGUAGGUUGGCUCAAGACAGCGGACAAGUGGUGAUAAAAUAGAAUAGAAUAGAUUUAUUUAGAACGUCCUCAGAAUGUAUCGGAAACUUUGCAGAAAACUCAAAAGCAGUUCACACGUGUUCGAUAAAUCCUGACGGCCACUAAAUCUUCAGGCCCGUUACUUACUAUUCCAUCCAUCCUUUUGUUUCUUUCGUGUAAGCAUGCAAUUGCCUCCCCUUGACCACUAGCCAUACAGCAUCUGGUCUAUCUGAUGAAAUGUUAACCGAAAUUCUGCAAUGUGCUUCCAACUAGAGGGGAUUACUCAGGUGGAAGUGUGCUAUUAGUAAUCGGGCGGUGUAAUCCCAAGAUAUUUUAGUCACACCAGAAUAACGACAUUUAGAAGAACAUUUUCUGACCGUCUACAAAAGACACGCUCGGUAAAAAUGACAACCUUAGUAGUUUAAAUUUUCGCUAUUAAUUUUCAAUGCCCCUUCUUUAAGUACAAACUUUGAAAAGGCGCGGUUUGCUACCAAAUGAGUACAAGAAAGGAUAUUCAUACAUUUAUGUAAGCAUCGAAAAUCGAUAGGUCAAACUCGUCAUGCGUGGUUUCCUAAGAGUCCCAUCCAUAAUCGAAAUACAAUUUUUGCCUCUUGUCAUCUUUCGAGUUUUCGUGUUUCAUCUCCUUAUUUUUCUCACUGAGAAGUCAACCGUAACGCGUGAAGCUCUCAUGACUUCACUUAAUUAAACUUGCGCAAAUCCUUUGUAUAAUUUUCAGCAUAACCUGGAAGUCUCCACUCUCAUAAUGGCAAAUAGUGUUCUAGAACAUUUCGAAAUUUAAUUUUAACAAUGAAAUGUGAGCCAUACCCAGCUAUUCAAUAAGGCUAUAAAUGCUGUUAUAUCUUUAUUUAAGUUGGGCAUUACCGACUUCUACCUUAUGACGGUCUAUUUUUCGGCUUGUAUUAAAUUGUCACUUUAACAAAACGGCAUCCUUCGCAUUUGCCCUAGGCGACUGCAAAGUGUCUGGCGACUACUUCCGGUUGCGACUUGCAUGAAAUUUAUGCCUGCAGUGGGGGUAGCUUGCUGCUUGACUAGUAAACGAUUUUUUCGAUGCUAGGAAUCUGGAUCCGCUAACGCUGCCUGUACUGUUGUACAUGGAAUCGUGAAUGUACUUAUGUCGCCUCCGGUUGAAAAUUGCUAUAAAAUUCAAAAGUGGGAACAUGAAAAAAGACAUGUACUCAAACUGCCACCGCAUCAGUUCCGGUUAUGUGGGUUUUUAGGGACAGAAAAAAUCUAGGUUCCUUAGAUUUAUAGCAAUUAUUUCAUUUGCGAAAGUUAAUCGCUUGCCAUGUUUUGCGUUUAAGAAAAAUCACACAUUUAGACGAGGAGAAUACAUCCUAUGGUACACGGACAAUUUUCCACAUACACUCGGUCAGCAAAAAUGCAAAUCACAACUUGGACCGUGCAUGGCUUUGCACGUCGCAAAGUUGCUGUGCAUUCGGCUGGUGAUACUUAAGUGCAGUUUUGUUCGUCAGACAUUUCGGUCCGCUUAUUCAGAUAGCGGCUUGGCUCAGUCAGCAGACAGUCACAUGAAAACGUCUGUACCGCGCUGCGCAGAAAUCUUGAUUGUCAAGACCUUGAGCUCAAUUUUUUUAUGUACGCUUCCCGUUGCGGCGCUAAAUGAAUCCCAAUGCAGAAGCUUUUAAAAAGUCAGGGCUGUAUUGCCUCUAAAAUGAUUUAUUUGAUAAAACGCGAGGCAAACCCAUAGUGUUUUUAUGGCCAAAUUUUCCUGCUUCCAAUGAAACCCCAGGUAAUGGACCCUGCCAUUAUCGAGACAAAAAUUUGCAGCCAAGGUCUCCAAGUAAGGUCAUGGAUGUUUCCGGGGCAUUUAUUUCACGCUUCAUACCCUGAUUGGUGAAACUACAUUUAGGCAGAAAACUAAGACCACUAUCUGCAUAGUCAAGCUGAAUAAGAUGGGUUACGUCGGCGGACUUAACCAAGAAGCUAGGGACUGUCGCCUUAAACUACCCACCGUCACUCUUUUAUAAAUCUGACCAGAGUAGAAUUUUGGCACAAAAUUCCGCCCUUUCAAUCCAUACGCUGUUCUAGAGUAACUGGCAUUUGGUCUCUGUUAACACUCUUUUUUAGGUGUAUGGUCGCCAUCGAUGGUGUGGCCUACUUUGUGGACGUUCGGAUACGAGGUACUGCCAAUGGUUCACCGACCGUAAGAUUUAUCUUAUUUCCUGAGUAGGUCAUUUUACUUAACGAAGGGGAGCUGCGUUUGUAAAUAUGACUUGUUUAGGCGAGUUUCGAGGUAAAUUUGUUGAAGAAAAAGGACUUUGAUUAAAAACAUCCAUGAUUUAAUAAGAAAGCUAUGCUGAAAUCUGCGCGCCAGCCUUUUUAGGUUGUACCUCCCUGAGUCUUUUGUUUAUUCGAAUUUUAGUCUCUAUUGAGCGAUUACCAUUGGCUGUUUCUUAACAUAAGAGAAAAACAGGACAAAUCAGCUUCACAAACUACUUUUUCUAUCAUUAAAACAGUCAGGCAAACGGGAUGACGGUUGUUUUUAGUAAUAGUGUUCUAGUACCAGAGCGAGACACCAAUCUCAGUUUGUUUCUCAAACAAAACUUUCGCGUCGCUGGACUCGGACUUCUGCGCAGUAUCCUAACGGCUUCAGUUCUCUGUUUGCUAAAAGUUCCUCAUAGGUCACAGGUAACCUGUGUAGCCUGACUCCUUAAGCUCCAGCCUACUUUUCUAUCUCCUUUGGUCCGACUGCCGCAGCGACGUUGACUCAAACGAAGGGACCGAAUUUUCGCUAUCCAUGACGCUGUACCUCCUGUUAGGCUGACUUAAUGUCCCACCGUACGCUUCUUUUUCUCCAAUUUACAGUGGACCUAAAUGAGUGCGAAGUUGCUGCCGCAGAGUCCAUCCAGAUCUGCCAAGCGGAAUGCCAUAACCUAUUUCCCGGCUAUCGUUGUGCCAACGAGUCCUACUCUAUUCCGUGUUCUGGUAAGUCCUCACCUCCAUGUGUUCUUACCUACUGCAUGCCGAUCGGGGAGCUCUUCUAUGUACCUUGCCUUUUCGCCUACCGGCUGUUCUGCUUGCCUGGAAAGAGCCAUCCCGUGUGUGCCAUGAACAGACAAGUGACCACGCCAGACAGACGCCAGCAGCCCUGAAAGUUGCCGGGAAGUCAUUUGUUUGUCUGGGAGUUUUUUGAUUCCCGCCAUCCCACUCGACUAAUGCAGCUAUUUCAGUGGAUUCGGUGUAGAGUUUACCACGACUGAUUGGUGGUUGGCAGCGAACGUUAAACACGACCCUCCUCCUUAACCGUGCUGUUGUCCGCGAACUUCCUUUUUGUUUAUUUUGUCCAAACGCUUCUCUGAAGUUUUCGUCGUCACAAAGCUAACAGAAGAAGACGCAAUGAGUAAUAAUUGUCACCCGCGGUUAUUGAAACAUUAACUCAUUUUGCGGCUCUCCAAAGGUCCAGGCAAGAUGUUUUCCUUCAUUAUCCACUUCCCAAGACGUCUAUGACCGGUUUCAGACGGAGCCAAACCGAUGUUCCUUGACAAGCACGAUAUACGGUUUUCAGAAAUAUUAAAUGACCGGAAACAUUAAUGUCUUUGACAGGUUUAUUGACCUUCUUUCUGAGCCUUACUUUCCUCCAUUUUCAUUUAACCUUAGAUAUAUCAUUAAGUAGGAUUCGAAAAAGUGCGCGCAUACUGCAAAUAGGCAUAUAUUGAUCCCCGAGACCAUCGUCAGCGUCUACGAUUGGACCUUUGUCUCUUGCUGCACCCAGUAGCUUCUUUUGUCUUUGAAAUUACUGUCCAUUACGAGAAUAUGUUUCUCCCACCAUCAUGAUGACAACAAGAACUUAUUAGAAGAAAAACUUGCUUAGUUCCUGUGUAUGUACGAAACAGUGACAUUUAGACACCUGACACACAGCAAUGGUGGUGACACUCACGAAGAACAACAAAGACCGCUGGCUGGUUUUGACCUUGUCUUUUUUACAAUUUAAUCGUAGUCGGUGUACUGGAGUUGUAUAUUAUGGAUUGGCGGGGAGGGCUUACCUUGCCAUGUUAAAUCUCCGUAAAAGACCGUUAAUUCGUACCAGAAAACCAUUCGAGUGCAUAGUAAAGUACAAAUCUGAAACCACAUCAAUGUAAAGCUAAGCGUAUGUCUUCGUUUUUAACUUUUUCAACCGUUUAUGCCCAUUUUACAAGGGUAUCACUGCUCACAUAGUAGUUUCAUUAAUACGCAUAGUCUCGUAUAUGCUUUUAUCUUUUGGAAUCUUACAGACAUUUCGCGAGAGGGAUGGACCUGUCUCCCCGACUCCAGAGUACGUCUUCUGAAUCUGUUUGCCCUUUCUUCCAGGCAUUCUUAAAUGAAACCUUUCGCUUUUUACUCUGAACCUUUUCUACUACAUUAUACAGGAUGUCCUUAGGAUUUCGACAUCAUUUGAGAUGUCCAUAUGGGAGUGGGUGUUCGGUGAAAAUCAAUGAUACCUACUAGGCCUAGUGGUGAACACAAGUUUUGUUCUACAAAUUUCUAUUAAAAUAUUGUAUGACGUAGUAAUUUUAAAACUUUCCGAAGUUAUUAUUCAGUGCGUGCUCCGCUUGUGACGUGGCACACAUCAAGCCGGUAGUCGGGUUCCUACUGCACUCGCUGCAGCAUCUCCUGCGUAACAGUUUUCAGAGCCUCAAUGAUUCUCACCUUGAGUCCUUCUACACGCGCGAGAAUUGGCGGGUGAUAGAGCCCUCCUUUCACAUAGUGUCAAGUUAAGUGAGUGUGGGGGCCAUUUCCAUAGCACGUUUUCUUCAUCAACAGCACGUCCGAUCCACCCUGCUGGCAGUCCCUUGUUGGGAUAUGCCCGCAUUGUGAGUUUCCAGUGCGGUGAAGCCUCAUGUUGUUGAAAAAUGACUAGAGAAUGUUCAUUUACCUCAAUUUAGUCAAGUUGCUAGUUCUGAAUCAUCGCCAGGUGGUUCUUGCUGAUUACGUUUUCCUCGACAAAAAAUGGCCAUGCACACAGUUCUUUGAUAUGGCAUAGAAUAUAUUCACUUCUAGUGAGUCAUUUUCAUGUUCACUUGUGACAUGUGGAUUUUCCCUGCAGUAAAUGCGAACAUGUUUCCUGUCCACUUUGUCACUCGUAAAAAUGUAGCCUUAUCACUGAAAACUAGACGGCUUUCGAAGUCGUCAUCUUCAGGUUUCUUUUGAAUAUAUUCACGGAACAUCUUAAAAUUUUGUCACCCGGCUCUAAAGUCUUCACACUCUAAAGUUUGUGUGGGGUUUGUUGCAAGCGUUUUCUUAUGACACGCCGGAAAGUUGAAUUAGGUAUCCAGGUUUCCAGACGUGCACUUUGCACAUAUUUCUUUGGAAUUUAACUAAACACUUCGGGUUUUGGUUUUCCACCUCUUCUGAAACUGCUGGCCGUCUCGACUCUUUUCCCAGUCCAAACAGCCUGCCUCGAGCUUUUUGAAUCUUCCAUACGGCGUUACUUACUUCCUGGUGGUUAGUUGUGUCAAAGCAGAACGAGUUAAAAAGACUUCUUGCUGCCGUUCCCAAAUUAUUCCUUUGAUAUCUAGCAAACCUCCAUUGUCUGAAUUGGCCACAGACCUUUUACCAAACCUCUGAAAGGCAAACUCUAAGAGCAUUCCGGCCCGUAAUCUCUAGCACUGAAAGGUCGCACGCCUACUCCAAAGAGGGAGAAGGUGCUCAUUUCGCACCUUUUUUCCAUCUGGAAGGACUGACUUUGACUUGACACCUAUAUACUCUCAUUCUAGUUUUCGCAUAAAGUUGGCUUUGAGGCAAUUAGUACUCCUGGUGGAUCUCACCUUUCGCUUCUGUUCUUCGGACGUUUUCGUACUCGUAAAAUGGUAUUGUGAACUGGUAUUGGCAACUUGGUCACAGGUUUAUGAUAAGUACCAAUACAUACGGAGUAUUCCCUUCCUCCGUUUUCUCAGGAUUACCUUAAAUAAAGUCAUACAACGGCAGGUUAUUCGUCUUUCCAAUUUCACCUUUUGACUUUUAUUUCGGACUUCCGAUUCUCGUCAAAACCUAUUGUGUAUGAAUUCUCUUCCGGACGGUCACUGCUCUUUCAAUAGCACACUAAUUGCCGAGGAUAUUUACUUAACUACUCGAAAGGAACCUAGCUAAAUGUUUGCUGAACCACUCUAUUUUAUGGCUUCUAUGAUAUAAACGAUUAACGUAUCUGCACUAUCGGAGAGGAAUACCUGUACAGUAGUAUAGCUUUUCGAUCCGAAUGAAUCGUAACCUUUUGCAUGUUUAAUCCUUUCCCAAAACUCAGCGUUUCUAUCCACCGUUGGAGACGGAGUAUCUUACAACUAACAGCACAUGUGAGAUGGCGGCGAAUACUGGUCAAACGAUAUGUACGGGUGGAAUUCAUGAUUGUGUCGACUCUCCCGGCGGUCCCACCUGCCGCAGCAAGAUGCUGGCAGCCAGCACAGCAAACCACCAACUUGGAAGAGUCAGCGCAGGUGAAUGCACGUGAACCUGACAAUUGCCUCAUCUGCACUUUCCUUUUUACCUUCCCACUGUUUUUUCUCUGUCUUGUGUGUCCUUUGUCGGCGAGCUAAAUUACAGUAGGUGGGCUAACUCACGAAAUGUCAACCGAAAUUCCGGCAUGCGUUUUCGUUUCGAAAAGAUUGAGAGGGUUAUAAUCGACACGCAGCGUAAUCCUAUAAUAAUUCAGUUACCUCAGGAUGCCGGACUUUCGAGCGAACUUCUUUUCGGCUGCAUGCAAAAACUAUUUUCUGCAAAAAAAUGAUUGGUUAAGUAGCUUGCACUUUUCUUAUUGAUUUUCGAUGCCCUUAAAAAUUUAAUUAUAUUUCAUGGGAAGCAUGCACAAAAAUAUUCAUUCUUUUGCUCCCUCUGUAGAAAAUUACGUCCUCUUCCAAUAUCGUACUCGAAGGAGGGCUAUAAUUCGGUUUUAAAGAAGUUUCUAAUUGUGCUUUUUAAUAUUGCGAAAUGGACUUUUAUAAAACGUCAUUUCUCUUCAUUUACCAGUGUGGCUUGUAAAGUUAACAAUAUGGCUCAUAUCCACCGUCAAAUUUUAUGAGCCCCAUAUAGUCUCCUCUUAAUACCGUAGAGAAAUGUAUGGCUUUCCGUACGCGGAAAGUAUACGCCUUGUAGUUUGGAGACCCUAAAUGUAAAUGUAAGGGCAGGUCGGGUUCACAAUUAUUCGGGAAUCGUAAAAAUUUUUGAAAACCAAAUUAUGCCUUUCCUUCGAGUACAGUAUUGGAAGAAGACGUAAUUUUCUACAGAAGGAGCAAAAGAAUGAAUAUUUUAUGCAUGUUUUCCAUUACAUAUAAUUGAAUUUUUAAGGGUCAUCGAAAAUCAAUAAGAAAAGUGCAAGCUACUCAAGCAAUAAUUUUUUGCAGAAUAUAGUUUUAUCAUGCAGCAGAAAAGAAGUUUAUUCGAAAGCCAGCAUCCGGAGGUAACUGAAUUAUUGUACGAUUAUUCUGCACGAUGAUUAGUUUUACAACGCUACUGAAUUAAUCUUUUCGAAACGAAAACGCAUGUCGGAAUUUCGGUUGACAUUUCAUGAGUUAGCCCACCUACUGUAGGUGAGAAUGUCUGACGUGUGUGCCUUCACACGCCGUAUUCCCUGAACGAAUCCCCAACCCAAACAAACCUUUCCUGCGCAGAGUGCGAUAUGCAAUCGCUAGGGUCCCAGGAUAAUGCGAGUAGUCUUUCCACUCAACAAAAGUCGUAACGCAUAGUGGAGUUCGGCAGCCACCUAUGAUGGCUAAGCAGCCCUAUUUAGGGCUAGCACUGCUCAAUCCGUUGUGGUACCCUAAAAAUUUGUCGACAAAACAUGCCGUUGGCCAGCUGACUGUGGCUUGUGGGCACUAAAUGUUCGAUCGAAACGAAACAUCAAAACAACCAUCCUCAAACCCACGUCUCCAUAGACUGUCACAAUGACAACAUCGUCGCCCCCAUUAUCACUGAUUUCACCAGGAGCGGCGUGUCAGUUUUAACUCGUCUCCAACAUGACUGCAUUUUCGAAUCACACAUCGGCCUCGUCGGCCCCUUGCGAAUCAAUCGCAUGCGGCCAGCAAACCAGUGCCAGGAGUCCCAACCUGCACCUGUCCCUCCCGUCUCGCCUGCCACUGCUGCUCCAGGACAUUAGUUCACCGCAUGUGCCUACUUGACAAUAUGCUCCUUCGUGAAAGCCUUCAGUAAAACUAUGCAAUCAAGACUCCAUAAUCACACCUCGUCCAACCUGACCGUCGUGGCCGACGAUGUCCAUCGUCCUGCCUACAUGCACACAGACACACUCCACGCGAACUUACUCCACAAUGUGUGCAUACACGAUAGCUGUCUAUAGCACACCAUGCCUCUCCUACAGAAAGCAUGCUGUCCAUUGCCAGCGAUAAAGUGUUGGAAGAAGCGUCGCUGUCAAAACAUGCACGUAUCACUGAAGGUGGAAUCAUGUCCUUCGGUCUACCCUACCGGAUGAGUUAGGGCCCAGGUCGUCUGUGACACGCGUGGAUGGACUUUCAUCCACAGCACCAGACGACUGACAGACUUGAACAGUGAGCUAGUGCAUGGGAGAGGCAAGAGAGUGUAGGACCGAAACUAGGGAACCAAUUUCCACAACACACCAGAGCAUUUCUCAUGAUAGUAAAUCUGACACGUCUGAUUCCAUAACGACACGCUAUCAGCUGUAAAAGGAAAAAGGGCCGAGCUACGAUGAUUAAUUCAUAAUGUGACCUUUAUGGUGUUCUCACCUGUGUGAAAUCCGGUCUGCCCUUAUCGGAAUGGGGACCGAUUCGUGUGUGCGUGUGUGUGGCGCGUGCAGCAUGACUGUUUAGCUUCGUCAGCCACUGUGCCCACACCCGACUUCAGUCGUCCUGACCUUGUCCCAACAUCGGGGCAAAGUAGAUGAGGGAGGGCAGAGUACGGCAGAUGCAGCUCAACUCCGCAUGCUGAACAUCGUCGUUCGCGACGGCCGAAUUAUCGUGUAAGAUCUCCGGUUCUGGGCUUUUACUGUCUCACAUUCUUCACUUCUCACGUCACAGUCCUUUUGUUCGCUUUGCAUUUAGACUCGCUAGCGAGUAGAGACCCUAGUCCCGACAUGUGGAUAACCUGGAUCAAAAGACGCUUUAGACCGGCAGACCUAUGAGAAGUGACAUCUCGAGUCACGGCUUUAUGUAUGUAUCAGUAAACAGACAAACAGAUCGGCCAACGUAGUCCUUAGUAACAGGCGUGUGGGUAAGAAAUGAAAGAAAUUUUUUGUUUUGCAUAGUCGGCUGCGUUUAUUGGUUUCGCGGCAGCGUCAACGGUCGGAGCACAAUUUUCAGCCUCUAUCCUCUCAGCUUGUAACUAUAAAGCCUUUCAGUCCAUAUAACCAAGCUCGGAAUCUUAACUUCUUCUGCCUUAAACUUGAAUUCUGCGGCCGCACUAUUCUCUCAGUCUGAGUUAAUUGAGCUAGUAAACUCGCUUGCUUGUGAGACUGAUCAUCCUACCAAGAACCACGUCUUAAAAUUACACGAGGCAGUCACUCUGUACUUUGCUACUGUCAUAGGCGCUCUGAUCUGUUUUCCAUAGAUAAUAUACCCAUGGCUAAAUCUACGGUACACAUAUGAGUCACUUUUGCACUUUACUUGACAAUUUGUAAGUUGUGUGGUCGAUUACUAUUUGCGAUGAAACGGUCAGGACCCAAACAUUUUGCAAACAUGAAAGUACCACAGGUGUUCUCAUUUGCCUCUGACCUGAUACCUUAACAUUUUGAAUCGUUUUGUCUACUUUUUGGGAAUCUUUUUUAGAAAUAUACUUCAGAGACUUCGUGGAAAUGUAGAAUUUUGAAUCGGCUGCAGGGUGUAGAAGAUUAUAGCGCGUUCCAAACGAGACUGGUAAUUGUUCAGCUGAUUCUCAUGACAGACGCACAAUAUUCUGAACUCAGAUGCUGCCAUUUUAGCUGGAAGUAGGCCCAUCGACACAGAUUUUCGAUUGUUGUCAACUACUUGGAUCCCACAGGCUGCUUCCCAUGUCCUUGUUUUGAGUUGCAAUUCCUGAUCGCACUUCCGCUUUCCACUGGUCAAUGGCUAAUGGCCAGGACGCCACACGGCUCGACCCAAACUGAUGUUGUCCUUUAUGCAGAUUAGACAGAAGAGUAUGCCUUUCGUUGGUCAGAGCAGUCAUAUACUUCUAGGUUUGCAUUACAUAUGCACCGGUUUCUGUAGGAGAAGGACUGCUAGGACUAUUAAACCUGUUGAUCGCAUGGAGUAGACUCCCUGUGGUUGGAGCAGAAGUUACCCAAUUUAAAUUACCUCUUGAAUGUUCCCUAAUGAAAGUAGUUCGCCUCUUUAUUCCACAAUGCUUUCUAAACAGAACGACGAAUUCGAUUUCCCUCUGACGGAAGUUUCGGUUAUGCAAUACAAAUAUUUUUAUCAACCAGUGAAAUUCACUCAUCUUUGAAUGAUCACUUAGCAGAUCUUUUUCCGCUGUCUUAUCACAUAUCGUCAUCUGUUUUCUCUGAAACGGCCUGUGCUUUUGGCUCAAUUUCAACUGCCGGUAGGAGCAAACGCAUCUGGGUGUUUGGCUCUAUGUACCUGUUUUAUUUCGCCUUCAACUAAUUAUAAUGGCUAGUGUGCAUUACGAACGAGAUUUAUACUUAAGAACUCAUUUGGUGGCUAAAAAUGGGAGGUAGACUACCUUCGGUAACGAUAUGGAGAAGGAUUCCACUCUACUGUCGGCAUACUGGGGAUCGCGUCAUACGUGAUUGACGAUAAGGGUAGUUUUACGGGUGCGGUAGCACACUAGACAACAAGCUGACAAAAUGCAGGAAAACACAGAAAUUGUUUGGGUUUCACCCGAAAGACUCUUCGUACGCCUUCGUAAGACAACGGAAAUGAGCGUGGCAAUUAAAAGUAAACUAAAAGUAAAUUUCAAAAAAUAAAGGAGUUUGAGUGAUUGUUUAAAUUCAUGUGAAGUGAUGGUUAUUGGCAGUGUAAUAUCUGCAGAGGCCUGUGAAUGGAUGCCCAGAUAAAAGCCCAUCUGACGUGAUCCAUAGUCUGCCGUCAGUUAAGUGGGGUCCUUCUCCAUACCGUUGCCAUAUCUUCAAGCGAACGGCCGUAUGCUUUGAUGAAGUCGCUGCAAAUCUUAGAUUACAGGGCUGCUGAAAACCAAAUAAUAGUUAGUACGUUCUUUCAGGCCAUGGACAAAGACAGAGUUGUCAGAUUAGAAAAUCACUUUUACCCACACCGACUAGUCGUCUUUUUGACCGGCCUCCUGUGCCGACUUAAGCAGCUGCCUGCAUUGGUAGGCCUGCCCCUCUGUGCGCGUCUUAAACUAUACGCGAUUGAACUCGAAAACGUUAGUGCUAGUGCGUGAUUCCGCCAUUCAACAUCGUUACUGUUCUGCGACUCCAGGAGACGCGUUCUACGUUCAGUGGUAAGCAACCUUGCGCCUGUGUGAACCUGCGCGUAUGCUAAUCCUUUGAGUAAAACCGGGACAACAAAUGCCCAUCCUCAGUUGCUCAUUGGUUGGCUCUGCGUUGCCUCUUUUCGUCCGUCUUAUCCGAAAGGAUUCAAAACGCCGGUUUUCAUCCUUGAGAAGUUUAAACAAAUGCUGUUAGGUCUGCUGCCGUACAUUAAACCAAUUCCGAAAUUUUACUAUCCGACUUUUUGGCACAUUUUUUUGCUCUUUGUUGCUGUUAUCAGCAAAUUUUGCUAUUACCCAGAUGAACCUACUUCGCCCUCAUUUUAUUUGACUUUCUUUAUGAUCACUGGACACUAGGACCAGUCAGCUUUACGAGAGUAUGGGUGCCGAACAAGUCCAACACGCUAUAAUUUUCUCCUAUUAUUCUUUUCUCAGACUCGAAGUAGGCGAUUAAGGUUUGUGCUCGCCUUCCUUAGUGACGACCCGCGGUUUGUGAUAUGAAGUCAUUUUUAGCAAAACCUAAUACUUUUUAUUUGCCAGUGUUCCCCUUAUUUUCUCUUUUUGCUAACUACGCUGUCGAUGUUCAUCGGUGGUCUUAAUCAGGAAAGGCGAACCUACUGCCCAUACAAUCUGAAGCGUUUAAUGGGCCACUGCGUUGACAACCAAUUGCGAUGGCUUCUGUGUCUAGCAUCUUACUUGUUGCGAUUGUCUUGGUCGAUGAGUGUAUAAAGCACUACUACAUAAACGUGUCUGUAAUAGAUUCUUUUUUGCCUUUAGAUUCCAAUCCUGACAUGCAGCUGCUUCUAAGAAAAGCGGUAAGUUUCUCAAAUUUCCUGCCAUUUAUGUUUACUGCCGCUUUGCUUUAAGGCGACGGACAAGAAUCUGACCUAUUUGUUGAGCAGCUCAACACCCAUUCUCUACAGUAACGCCGAAAAGUGGAUAGAUGCGCUCGGUAACGUUUCCGUGCAGUCGGUCAACAAACCCUCUUCGAGCUUGUUCAAGUAAGUACUCUAUCAUUUAGCGUCUUACUGAAGUAUCCGUGUAACCCAUUAAGUCUGAAUAUUGUGCUCUUAAGUAUUUUCUGAAUUUCUUACCCUGGGGUUGUUUUUAAAUGAUCCUGCGAUUCUUUCGUAACUUUGCUCCUUUACAUAUGAAAACUGACUCCCUUUAUUAGCUUCUGCGUAAGUCUUGUUUCAUAGCGCAAGUAGUCAUUAAGCUCUUUAAAAGUCGAGCAGUCGUUUGAUUGUCUUGCAUCUGCGAAAUGUCGCAUUCAUAAUUUAGUAGACCGACCUAUACAAGCGCACUUUUUCAAUUAUUAAUGGUCCAGCCAGUAAACUACUGCGCGACUUACACUGCCGCUGGUAGGUGGUUAGUGGGCGCUGGGAAUGGUGUGCACCAGUUAUUCUUUAGGCUGGGCGACAGAAGGGGAGAUGUUAAGGCCUGUGCAAAGGCAGGCGAGGCAAGUAGGCGAAGAAGGGUUGACGUCCGUAUUCACAGAAAAAGAGAGGAGAUAGAAAUAGUUGAUGGCGGUUGAUACCGCGAAUUACCUUUUCUGACGAUCUGUCUGUUAUGGUCUGCAAUCUCGGUUAACGGGGUGGUCGAGUUCGCCUUCGGCUAUUGAGACUGUAGGUCUCUGACAGGGUUCCGUCGACGUACAAUAGCAGCUACGGCUGUUGCAAAUGCGCGCUUCAGUAGGUUUUUGCGACCUCCGCCUGAAGGGCGCAUUUCAUCCCUCUUACUCGCAUGAUGAUUCAUUGUUCUGUAUUGACGUGUUGGUGCCUGCUCCAACGGGGCUUAGAGUGUCAUCCUACACCUGCCUCGAGAACUGCGCUAUCUGUCAUAUUCUGACGAUUUUGGCCUUGAUACGAGUACUGCUUAUCUAUUCCGCUCCAUUUGUAGCUGAUCAGAGUAAAUCCCAGUCGAACCCCUUAAGCCUACAGCUUUGACUGUUUUUUUUACCUAGACAUAUAUUCCAUAUCUUAACUACCCAUAUGCAUAUCACGGGUUGGUUUUUGGUGCUUAUGAUGCACUCCUAGACACUCCGUAAGGUUUAAUUUACACGGAAUCUCUUCCGAUGUGCUUCAGCUCUUAUUGCUGAAGGACUAUUCAAAGGAUUUUUUACUUUCCUAGUGGUAUUCUGCCGGGGAUGACAACUGGUGUUUUUGGGAUGUGAAGGAAUGCUACGCGCUUGCGCGUAGCACAGAAAUGUGCACGACUGCUGUUCAGAUUCACGAAACCUUCGUCAUUUAUCCCGAGGAUCGCUUGCUAGGAAUUUCCGGACUAAUUAUGAUUACUGAGAUAUCAGUUUUUGGGCAAACUAGACGGAAGGAGGGCGCUCCUUUCUACUGCAAUUUGACAGUUGGAUAACCAAAAUAGUUCUAAGUUUAAUCGGUUAGGUUCGGCGAACUGGGUAUGGGUGUUGCCUUGCAUGAUUAAGUUCGAAACUUACGAUAAAGCAACCACUAGGCUUAGAACGGUAUAUUUAUAAAAUUAGUCAAUAAUCACUCCCGGCUAUUCAGGGUGCUGUACGUUUCUUGAAUGACCGUCAGGGCAAAGCCUUCUGCAUCGCAUUGCUUAAUAUCCUCGUCUGCAUGAAGGUGGCACGCCAAUCGUACCUGGUGCUUUGAAUCUAACUGCGAGUUUUUUGACAACACAUUCAUACUAAUGGUAGAGGGCACUCACCGAUCGUUCUUACGGGACUCACUCGUUCCGUUGUGCCUUACGGGCCCUCUCUCGAACACAACCAGCAGCCGCAAGGCGGCGCAUGAUAUAGGCAGAACGAUCGGCGAGUGCCCCCCCUACCAUUGUAUAUUCCCGAUCGAAACCGACAGGACAGCAAGGCGGUGGAAUUCUAACUAACAGGUUGAGAGUUCGAGCCCCAGGUGCUCUACACCUCGGGGUUGGCUAGAACUGGCUGACGACGGCUAAUUAGCUGGAAGUGGCCAUUCCAGUCUCCCUUGUCUUUGUCGGUAAUAACAUUUUACAUUCGCAAUUGGUUUCCGUUCAGUUGCGUCAGCGUUUAGGCAUUGCUGGCAUUAAGUUCUGCCCUGGCAAAUAGACAGGGUAUAGCGGUAGAAGGAAGGUUUGCGUUCCAUCGGGACUAAAGGAAAGCCUGACCAGAAGGAGCAAGGGGGUGGAGGCAUUGGUUAAAAUGUUGGCGCGACAAACCCUUUUUCCCAAUGUCUCCGAUUUUGGACGGGUCGUGGACCACCGCUCCACUGGAGUCAUAUAAACGCAGUGGAGGAAGGAGAAAAUUAUGCGCGCUGCACGCGCUGAGAUUCGCAAAAACGCAAAUGGUGGAGUUGGCAUCAUUUUGGCCGAAAUCUUGGAUGUCUAAAACCGAAUACUGCUGCGUCCCAUGCCUCGCAAUGAAUCACCCAGGGGUGUAUGUGCAAAAUUUUCAUACGUUUACUGUCCAUUGUCUGAUUAGAUAUACCCCAUACCAGCACUGACUAUGGUAUUAUUUGUCAGUAGAACAACACACUGUUUACUUGGGAAUCAGCGUUGUCCUCUCCAUGCAUCGACACUGUCGACCUAGAGCUAACACCUGGUGGCACGGUGGCAGUCGCUGUUUCAAUCCGCAGUUAUUGAUACGGAGGUUUGCUCAGCCUGUAAAUUGCGAAAUAUUAUCUUGUUUCGUCUUCCGCUCGCCUUUAGUCUGAAUUUAAGUUUGUGCGCCCACUUUCAUUUUUGUCCCGGCAAAUCCAGACAAUGAACUAGGGGUGCCUUCUUCGAAAGAACACUCCAAAGCCUUCCCAAUUUAGGGGGUUUGCCGUACGGUAGACAACAUGAUAACAAGAGUUCUGUGCCCCUUGUUUGGUUGAAUUCAAAGAACUUUCAGUCCCUAGAGUCACUCCUAACACAUUGAAGCCGUUGCACUGUAAUAGGACGUCCGUCAUUUAUUCUUCAAUAAUAUCAGCAGACCGCAUCCAGUUUUGGCAAUACGCAGCCACCUUUAUUUCGCUCUACAGGCGAACUACUUUGAUUCCUUUUUCUUAAAUAACAAUAGCAUAUUUCUGGCACUUCCUUAGAGUACCCCACAACCGGAAUAAUUUUACUGAGGACUUACGCCGGAACACUCGCGAGGUUUACACCUAGGUUGUUGUGUGACGCGACUAAAUUAACUUAGGCAAAUACCACAUUCAUUUAUCUUCACAAGUCAAGAACUGUCAUUUUUUCGACUCGAAGCCAUCGCCGAAGCUGCGUGGAAUUUAAAUGGGCGUCGAGCCGCCGAGGUAAGUGCUAUAGUGGGCUUAUGCUUUGCCACGAAGUGCAGUAUGAAGUUGCAUGGUGUGCCCAUAAUCUGGUGGAGUUAUCUGGCUUGCGCGAUUGUCGUAGGGUGGCAGUGCAGACAGCUGGAGGUAGAUUUCCCUCGCUGGCCGCUGCCAGUUAACCGAUGGUGAUGAGUUCUUCACUUCGCAGGCUGCAAUGCGCUACGUGGUUGAACGAUAUUGCUAUGGUUCUGCUAUCGUUCCAAACAGUAAACGUGCUUUGGGCAUUGGGAGUCGCCUCUCGCAUGCUCCCAUCCCCGCUCGUAAAUGCGACUUAAUUGUUAUCAUUCCAUCAGCAUGCGCUCACACGUCCGUACUCCAAUUUCGCGCUUCACGCAAUAUUAUCUUUGGGGCAUCCACCUUACUUUUGUAUCUCGCAGAGAUCCAGACGAUGGCUGCUUCGUUCUCAGCCAAGGACUAUUUCUUCAGCCUAUCAGCCGCUACCACCAAAUGAGUAAUUCCUUUUAGCCUGACCACUGCCGUAAGAUUGGUUCUCUUCUAAGAAUGGCGUGUGUCCUAAUUUCCUUGGUUCGAAAUGUCAACUUACGAAUGUAUUUGACGACUAUAGCUACAAGGGUGUCCUCUCCUUAGUGUGGUAGUACAUUAUUCACCUCAGCUUGUUUGGAUUAGCAAGAUUUCAGAAAACCUGGCUGAUUCUCCCGCUUCUUUUGGCUAGCCUGUAUCACAUACUUUGCCUUGUUUACUCUCUUUAUGCAACCGCAUUCUCAGAAAAAUCGGUGUCCUGUGCGCAAUUUAUGCCAAUUGUGUCCAGAUGUAAUGCUGGCAUUUUAUUACGUUUUGUCUUAGCUGAUUGCUGCCGUGAACGUGUCGUUACACGCUAACAGGCUCGUCUUGGUAUCGCUAACGCUUCAGUGUACCGAGGCUGUCGGUCGUGUUCACUCAGUGGCCUCGAUAUUUUAUGUCCUUGGCUGCCUAGUCAAAGCAAGCAAAGUGAACGGUGUUGUGGGGGAUUUCGCUCUGUGGGGCAGGAGGCUAAAAUCCUCUCAUUACGCAGCCUUUCAAUCACAAACUGGUGCAAACAAGUUACGCAAACAACUGCAACAGGGGGGUCUGGUCUGUAUGCGAAGUUUUCGUACAAACAGCCUUGGCGUCGAUAGCCCGCUGGUGGGGAGGAGGGAAGUCGGAGUUGCUUGUUUGUCUCGCCAUUGCGCAGACUCACUUUUUGCGACGCCUGAAUGGUUUGGGAAAUGGGUCGCUUUUAUUGAUUUCAUUCGUUCUCUGCCUUCCUGUUGGCAAGCUGCCUUGCCGGGCUUGUCCCAUUUUUGACGAUAUGUAGGCAGGUAUCUACACAAAACUUACUGUGGCCUUUUUCUAUGCAUAACAGUUUCUUAUUGAAGCGCGCACAUGUGUAUACGAAUGUGGAUUUUGUGUGUCCAUGUUCUCGUUGCACUCAUUUAAUGGGUGACGGGAGACGGUGAGGGGUUACAGCAUUACCGGUUAAAUUGUCACUGCUCUAUGAUAAGUGGUCGAUCUGUGGCCAAGUCCUUUCCCCAGUUGAUUAAACAAUUAAAGUUAGCCGUUGUUAAAAUUCGGCCAGUUACUUUGGUGGAUCCAAGCUCGGGGAGUCAUUGGCAGGGUUUCCCUCGCACCCUGUCCUCGCGUAAUCCCGAUAACUACGAGACCGACUGCAAGUUUUUUUGCCAACACUAGUUUUCCUUGUAGUACACAGUUACAUAUGUGUAGGUGGCCUCGCGCUAAACUCCAGUGGAUUAGAGUUAAGGUUAGAGUUGGAGUUAGGUUUGGGAGGGUUAGCGUUGGGGUCAGAGUUAAAAUUAGUACACGGGAAUUGGUACCCCCGGAAUUUGACACAAUGCCACGUGUGAUAAGGGCGGUACGUAUAACCUUGUCCACCUGUCUUUCCUCAUCCGAAAAGCCCCGAUUUUUUGUUUUGUUUAUUUUUUUUUAUCAAAUCUUCAUCGAAUUGACCGCAGUUUAAGAACGGAAUUUUCUCCAUAAUUUCAGGCUGACAGUCAUCUCAGCAGUUUUGCAAAGUCUUACUUUAUGCAUUUUCUUAUUGCCUAUAUUUGUUCGGGUACCUCAUCUUUUAUGAAACCGUAAAUGCUGUUGGGUUCAACCUCGAACCCAUUUAACUGGUUUAGCCAUGAUAGUUAGCAAAAGUUUGAAUUAUCGAGUCAAGUAACACCGGCGAACAAACAUCUGGAAAAUCAUUAGAGUUCUGAGCAGUUUUCGUCUGGAAUUUAUAGUAGCUGGAAUGUUUUAUCAGGGCAGGUUCCAACUUUCUCUAUCCCGUUCCCAUGGCCGGCCUUUAGAAGAUAUUCCUUCAAUUGAUUAAUACAGCCUUAUGGGACUCUUCGCGUAGUUUCGAAAAAUUCCCCCUAUCGAACAACAGGCAUUCAAAUAUUAGCGAAAACGCCAUCUCCAGUUAACCCAAAUGAGCGAAUUCAGCUUCACAUCUUUAGGCAAACAAGAAACCUAUCGAAGAACGGAUGAGAGCUCUGAUUUACGCAGUGAUCUAACUCAGACCAUAGCCCAAAACCCGUUUGGAAUUUAGUGCAGGACCGCCUGUAUUACUGGGGUCUAUAUUCCCUAGCUUUGUCGGUAAAUUAAAGAAGAAACAAGACCAAACUUCAACUCGACAACUCUCUCUCUCUGCGUUUACUAAAAACUCCCAUCCUUUCUGGCUUUACUGAGAACGCUCUGUUUGCGAUACGUUCACUUCAUGUUUUUAUUGCUACCUCAAUUGCCCCACGUAGGCACCUUUAAGGCGCAGACGCAAAGCAUCUUCUUUAAAAGGUGAGCCUCACGGUUAAAACCCACGCUGUGAGAGGGACAGCAUUUGAACUAUCCAUCUUUUAGAAGAUAGUUUUUGAAAAUUAAUUUGUUUCUACUUUUCUUCUUCUUGUAACUGGGCAUAUGGAUAUAAGUAGGCGGGCGCAUUAAUAGGGGCCUGGAAUAAACCCCAAGUUCUUCAUGAGCGGGAAUAUGACGGCCGUUAUUUGUGGAGCUUUCGAGCGAGCUAUUUAAAUUAGACCGAAUAGUUGUUUAGUUCAUUUUUUAAAAUAACUUUUUGCACUAGUAAUUUCUAAGUAUACAGCCCAGAAUGAUGCAGAAAAAAUCAUUUGUUAUACUCCUAUUGCAGCAAUUUACACGUUUUUAAGCAUUAUCAUCUUCACGUCAUGCGUCUUCUGAUUUUGGAAGUGUUCGUAACUGACAAAUUCUUGGGCGCUUGCAUGCAAGGCCAUCUGUAGUACAGGGGGGCUCCUAUUCCUUUGUCCUUUACCGGUUUUGUGAGAGAAAACUCUGAAGAAGCUGAGGCUUUUGCCUAUCGGAGUGUUCUAUUCGUCACCCGUUUAUUCCCCAUCUUUUCCAAGUGGUUUACUUAUUUCGUGCCGCAGAUUUUGUGAAUUUUCCGAAGUUUACAAAAAUCUUCGCCAGAAGUUUCUGUAAAGUGGCUUGGCCAACAUGAGGUCUUCGUAAUCCUUACGCCGCACCAAUCACGUGCAUGGUCCAGCGUGCUGUACUGAAAUGCGGUCUGGUGACUUGGACGCCGAUUUUCUGUGCACUUACUGCGUGACGUGCUGCAGCCGGUCUUGAGGUAUUCGGUCUCUAUGCCCAGGCGUAAUAAGGGUGUUUUGCGAAUAUUUAUUUAGAACUGUGAAGCACGCAUACUAUCGAUGCAGGGAAUAUAGAUCAUGAUAAUCUCUGCGUAAUAACUGGACACCGUUCUGGCCCCUGUUCCUUAGUGGUCACAUCCACUUGUAAAUUCUGUUUAGCGCCCUUGUUCCAACCCUUACACGCGUGCUGUUGCGAGCAAAAUACGGGGCGUGAUGCUCAGACAACAGCCACUUACGAUGUCAUUUUCAGUUAGUUGGACCCAGUCUUGUCAAUAAUUCAUACUGUGAGAGGGAAGAGGUAGGUGAGACCGAUCCGCUCGCUAAUGCGUGAGUUCUCACGGCGAGUUAACUGUCGCGGCUUGGAAGGUUACAAAGUGACACGAUAACUCAGUCCUUGGUGUUGCUAGCCGAGUGUAUAAGACCUGGGUCUUGUGUGUGGAGGGACCAGUAAGAUCGCGCCAUACGUGGUGGAGAACUUUGUAUCAAGUCAGUCACCGCGCCUAGGCCCAUCUUUAGUCAUCCUACCCUUGUAUUGUUACUGGAAUAUGAUGCCUUUCUGAAGAGAGUGUAGUUGGUGCAGCGCCUGUCUCCCUCACCUGUGAUUCAUCUCAGGCGCAGACCACCGUCCUUGCCUGGGCAAUGGUAUCCUUCACGUAAUUUUAAGGAUUACCUGGACAGUAGUUUGGGCCUCCAAUGGCCUCUGUUGUGUAACCUAUCUCUUUUUAAGUCAUGCCACACCGGUUUCUUCGUGCCGAACAUUAAAUGGGCCACGUAUGCCCCCAAUGUAGACCUUGGCACGUUGCUCUAGUGGUUGGCAGACAUUUUCUGUGCACUAAAUAACUGUCUGGAAUACCAUCAUGGGCAGUAGUGAAAAGUUGGUGUGACUGGUAAAAAAAAACUUGUUCUUUGUAUCAAGUAGGAGCGUCGUUCACCGAUUUAUCCUGACGGCCGGAAUAAGGUCGUUCCAUUUCCACUGAAGUUCCGCAUAUGGAGUCCUUGCGAUUGCGUUUGUAUAAAUAACCGAUAAGUGAGGGCAUCGGCCGGCAACUCUGUCCUGUUUAUUGUAGUCAGCUCCCCACACCCUAAACACAGAACUGGAGUGCGUGUGGGUUUUAAAUCGAGUGCAAUGGGUCUUUGGACGAUGCUUUUACUGACCUAGCGGUCUACGGCUCUUCGCCUUCUCGGGGACAUCCAACUUAUAAAUUGGCAGACAACGUAUUGUUGAAACGGCUAAUCUGAAAUCUCUGCUGCAACAUAGGUUUAAGGAUGAAGUCAGCCCGGAAAAUCUGCUGCAGUCCAUUGAUUUCCUCCUUAAUCUGCACACGCAAGACAAACGCUCCGGAUCAAAGAUGAGUCAGGAGACACCAGAGAUCGGAGACAUCUCUGUUGAUCGAGGAAAUACCACCGCGCAACCUCAUACAUCUACUGCCCCUCUCCCUGCCUCUGUCAUCGUUCGGGGUGCAUUAGCCCUUUUCAAUCUAUACUCGACCCUUUCUGCUUCGAACGCCUCCUAUCCAGCCCCAUCGCAGGAACACCUGAACGAGUUCUCAAUUAGUCGGAAUGGGAUCGAACUGCGGGUUAGUUUUGCCAAUUUCGAAAGACUUCUAUGUUACAUCUCACUAGUAACAACCGAAGAUCGAUGACUGAUUGACGCCCUCUCGUUGCCGCCUAUCAAUUCAAAACGAAUCCUUUCAGGAUCGAGGCUAUAGUUCUUUGUCUUUUCAACUUUUCCCACGCACUUGCAGCUUAUUUCAUUGUGAGCCCCGAGUUGAGAUGCGUCUCCUUCGUAUCCCUAUUCACUGUCGAAGUUUUCCUCUAGUUUACAUGCCUCCAGAUCCUCUCGACCUUCCGACUUUUCCCACCCCAAGUCCCUAAUUUAUUUUUUGUUUACAUGGAGGAAAUCACUUUCGGGGCGAGGUUGGUCUGCUAAGGCUUCUCUUGGAGUUUUUUCAGACUAUUGCAGCUAGAACACUGAUGCCUCCAGAGCCCAUUUAGAAGUCGUAGAGUUAUGUGUGAUGUCUGGAUCUAAUUAUUUACUUUUUAUAAUGACCACAGUCCCAUUCUGUACUGCCUGCUGUUGUAGAUGUCUUCCAUGACAAACCGGGAUUAUUUCCUUUCGGAAUUUUUACAGGCAUUACCCUUUAUCUAAUAAGGGAAAGACACUUAUGGGAUCAAUGCAUUGCGUCUGACUGAUCUUCGAAUGGAAAGGAACGUCUCCACUUUCACAGCUGUCUAAUAAUCAGCUACCAAUUAGUACCACGCUUCCGUUUUCUAUCCUUGAGCUUUUGUUACGCAUAAUGCAAAUUUAAGGAGCUUUGUUUCUUUAUCAGCGUAUUCGAGCGGAACAGGGAGACGCCUCAGGUGAACACUACCCAAUCAUCAUUCGCGAGCUCUCAAACAGCUCGGGUAAGUAAAAGAAUCGAUUGACUCCUGCAAAAGGCCCGACUCAUAGUGUGUAAUUAUUCUUGCCGGCAACUUCUUCACGACCACAUGCUUUCACGUACAGGAUACGUACAUAUAGUUGCUGUGUGCUGCUCACUUAGCACCAUCGUCGAGGUCUGCCUGUAAAGCCUUUGCGCGCCGCAACCUCGAAUGACCCAUAAAUGCGGAGUUAGCCAUGACACUGCACACUGGACGCGAGAUUUUCGGUGUGGCCCACCGUCUACGAAGCCAUAUUUGCGUGGACUCGCAUUUAACUUGCUAUUGGCCGAGGACAUCCCAUCGGCUGACGGGAUAGUCAUGGAACCCUUUUUGAAAGUCCAUAGGUUGAUAGUUAUGGAGGUAAGAGGACCAUAGACUUAACGAAGUCCUAGUUAAUAUGCACACAGAAGCACACUUCCAUUGUAAACACUGAGAAGCUGGACGGCGAUCUGAUUUUUGGCGGAUAGUUAUUUAAAUGGAAGAUAAAAUUAGAGGGAAAAAGAGAACGUUUGGAAGUACUGCGAAGGAUUGAUGGAACGACCAAAGAGGGAUUAUGAGUGUUGUUAUGCAGAACAACUGCGAUAGGGACGUUAACAUGUGGAAGGAUGAGACUUGAAUAAAUACAUCUAUUACUUACGUAAGUAUGGUAGUCACCUGGUGAGUUCUAGACUGACGGCCUCCAGUGGGGCCUUGUAACAGAGAUGGUUACAGCGUUAGCUGUACUUAAGCCUUCUCCUUUCUGUGGUGGGUUCGAAUCCCACCGAGGCACCCAGUUUUUCACAAAUGAGUUAAAGUAAUGUGCGAACUGGUAAGCAAAGAUCCACCUCAAGCCCUCUAGUACAUAGCAGUUAAAGUUUGGCUACUUCAUAAGCGCUCUGUUUAAGAAAUUCUAGGUUCAGCUUGGUAGGAGCGAUUUGAGUGAAAGUCUCUGACCGUUCUCGUUUACACUAUGCCUUGAAGCACACUACUUGUGAGCGACCAAGGGGUGGGAUAACAAGGGCCAAUUAGAAUCUUCUGUCAGCGUUCGGACGAACAAGGCUUAAUGAAAUCUAUUAGAGGACGAUUGUUGUCCAGAUCGCCUGUAUAGUACUUACCAAAGGCUUUGCCACUGCCUCUUCUUUGCUACGAAUGCAAGUUAUGAGGUUAGUCAAAGUCCGGUGGCAUCUGUGAGGUUAUAAACCCUGUUGAGUAGAGGCGAGAAGUUGAUUGACCAGACUUAUAUUACGAAUUUUAUUGGAAAUUUUUCUUUCAGGUGCGUGAUCUGCAUGUUUUUUUAGGAGUUCCAUUUUGCACAAAGCGUUAGUCUAAGCUGCUAACUACCGCAUUUAGCAAUUUUAUUCGUGCUGUAACUAGAGAAUGGAUUUCAGUGAUUGUCGCACAUGCUUCGGUUUAUGAAGGGGAAGGUGGUCGGCUUUAUUGGGUGUCGGUUUCAACUUUUUCUGCGAACAGUCGUUGGCAACCCCUUUUUUCACCAGUAGUUCUCCUCAAAUGACAAUUGAACGCAAUUUUAAAGGUUUUUUUCCGCCAUGUGGAUUGUCUAACUUUUUUGAUGAACAUGUGCGCUUAGAAUUUGUUACAUCAGGCCAGUUACUAUAGUUUUCGUUGAGCAUCAGCAUUUAUCUAGAGAUGGUGUUAUUAUGAUUUGGUUUUACGAUAUCUUCAUCCGGUUUCACUUCGGUUCACUGUGAUGCUUUCUGACUACGUAUCUGAUGUUCUUCCGUGUUAAGGUGAAGUGUUACUUAAUUAAAAUGACUGUCUUUUGAUUUAUUCGACGAGCGUAUUUCGCCAAGUUUGCGGACUCUACACAUGUUCCUCUGGUGACAGCUUACGAAAUAUCAUAUUUACUAGGAGAGUUUCAUAUCUUUGGCACAUUUUCUGACUUUAAAAGUUGUCUUGACUUUCCGUAGUGCUUUUUUAAACCCACUUAUGUUUUCAUGGCUGUUUCAUCAGAUUUGCCGACGACAGCGCUAGUGAUGACCAUAUCUGCAGAAAAGAUGCGCCCCUAUCUCAAAGAACCUGCUGCAGAAGGUGUCGCCGGCGAUGCUGAUUCCAGGCCUCUCCAAAGUCUCUCGAAACUUGGAUCGGACCUGUAUCUUAUCCGAACUUCGUCGCGCAACACGAUAAUGAGGCUGAAGCUGGCCACCUCGGAGGUAAUCCAGCCUCCUGCUUGCCUUCCGCAUGUUGUCAGUCUUUUUUGUUCUUGACCGAUAGAAUAUCUAUCAGCAGUAGCGUAGACUUAUAGUUAAUUACCAGUAAAAGCGAAGGGAGCAGUCGCGAAGAAAAAGACACGAUCAUCGGAACAAGAGCUUUAUUCACCCGCCGUUUUGGAUUCACACUCGAAUCCAUCAUGAAAAACUGAAUCAGGCAGGGGUAAUGUAUUGUACGGGUGCUGCAGUACUUAUGGGCAUGCAGUUGCUAUGCUGUCAAGCGAUUAUCGCACCACUCCCAUCUGCCCGCGAUGAGUAUUUUAAGACGCCAAUUUUGAUGGUCAUGCAGUGGCCUAGCAACUGCAACACCUGCACAACACCUUACCGUUGUCCAACUCUCUCUCUCUCUCUAAUGAUGGAUUCGAUUGUGAAUCCGAAACGGCGGGUAAAUGAAGUUCUUGUUCCGGCGAUCGUGUCUCCUUUCUCAUAUGGUAAAUUGGUUGUCAUAGUCUAAAAAUGGAUAAUUUGUACUGAUCAAGCAGGCGAAGCCUCGACUAGGUCUGAAGUUGACUGGGAACAAAUUAACAUAAUAGCUCGUCUGCUCUAAUUUUAAUUUUGACAGUAGAAACUAUUGUCCAUAUUUUUGUUUAAGUGUGAAUGGAUUUGGAGUCUAGUACUUGUUUGAUUUACCAGAUACUGCUGUAAGUAGAUCUAAUCUAGCCGCUUUCCGCGGUACUGCGAAUGGUGCUCCUCCAUCCGCGGCUCUUAGCUGAAACAGCUUUGGAGAGCGCAACCCAAUCUCUUCUCCAGCGACAGGACUCGAAUGCAGAGGGUCCAAGAACAGCCUUGUAUUUUAGCAGAAUAUGCUAAGCAAGAUUUUUGACAGACCUUAACCGCCUCCAAUUAGCUAGCAGCAUUGAACUUAUAACGACAGUAUUGAAUUAUGAGACGGGCGACGAAAGGUUUGCCAAGAUCACCUGCGUUGUCUUUAAUGGAUGACCUCGGAUGUAAACUUCACAAUGUCGCAGCAAGCGCGGAUUGUCAGUUUUCUUUACUCGAAGGGCAGGGCAGUUAUCACGCACCGAUGGUCAAAAACCGCCCAUUUUAACAUGACCGCUGUUACGCAUUUCAUCCUGUCCUCAGACCCUUUCAGACGGUAGUACAGCCACAAGAAACAGACAUAGAUAUCACUGGUCUUGGUCGACGCUUCAUCGGAUCGUUUUUCCUAGGUAGACCAUUUGAACUGAAGUAGACUUGGGUUCUCGCAAAUAGGUGCAGGACGUUCCUUUGUCGGUGGAAUAAGUCAUUUUCGAUUAGCUUUUUUCUCCACUGACUGUUUAUCGCUGUGGGGGCAGCAGAUCGGUUGAGCACUUUGCCUUAGUCAGGAGAUCUGUGCGUUGCUCUCUGAGUGAGAGUUGGGGAGGCGAGUGUUUCUCGUUUAACCAUUUUUGGCCAACAAUACUACUUCAAAGAAACUGAAAAUGUGUGCGGCAGGAGUUUUUGACGCGCCGCCCGUUUUUGUGUUCUGAUACUUCUCAAGGUUCCUUUGCUCAGCCUCCCGAUCCAAGUCUUUUAAGUUAAGGGCUGUCUGUAAUUACUUCGUCGAUCGUUCAGGUCCAACUGAUAAAAGCACUAGCCUUUGGUUUUUCUAAUUCAGUUGAAUGACGAUAUUCAGUUGGCGAGCAUACGUUUGCUUUCGAUAAAUUCUCGUAAGGCCAGCUUAUUUAUAUGGGAACAGUGUAGAAGCAAAACAUUACGGUGAUAAGAGAAAUCAAUUAAAAUUCAUCUUAGAGCACAGGCGGGUGUGAAAUAGCUAUUUUUCCGUAAAUUUGCGUAUUACUUCCGGCUUAUGAAAACGCAAACAUAACCAUUCAUUGAUUGGUGGCGGGUAUAGUAGACGACAUAAAGUCUGGCGUAGGUCCUCUUUUACAAGCUGCCAGAGUUUUUUGGAACCUAAGUUCAUGCUAUUUCCAUCUUCUUCUUCCCUUUUCUGCAUUCGCAACGCAUAUCAAAAGAAGAGAUAAAAACCAAACAGCUCCUACGUUGCUACAUCCGCAUCGUCUGCCCCACCCUUUGCAUUAAUCAAUGAAAGACUGCUUUGCCUGAUUAAAGACCACCCAAGACAUCCAAGCCUCCCUAUAAGGCAUCUUUAUUUGACAUGUAAUUCUGCAGAAAGUUGUCGUUUUAACAGUGCUUAUCUAUACCAUAAGCAGACCUCCCGUCGCAAGCAGGCUGCUAUGCCGCUGACCACACCUCUCGUUGCCUUUGGUAUCCUGCGAGUAGAGGACAGACACCUUGUACGUUCGCUGCCUCACCGUUCUGCGCUAAAGUCCUCAAGUUAUCCUUUUCUCUGAGAAUCGCCUUCACUACCUUUUUUAUUCCCCUGGAGCGCCCGCAUCUUCUCAUUUACCAUCCUGUUCGCUGCUAACCCAUUAACCGAGUCUCCCUCUGUAUGUCUGCACACCGAAUUUAGCUGUCAUAACAGAUUCAUACAUUCGGUACGGCUUUUUUCUACUGCUGUCAGUGUUUGACCGCAUCUGCACGCCGAAAACCCUUGCAAAAUAAGUCGCGUUUAGAAAUCCUCACGUUCUGUGAGUCCUUCAUAAUUCCUGUAAACCACUUACAGAACCCUGGUUGCUAUCUGUUCCAGUGGCAAUCGUCAGCCAAACUGCAUGUGACAUCUUAGCAGUGACAAAGUGUAGUGUCCUCAUUGUUUUGUUUAGGGCAGGAAUACAGUCUCUUUAAUAGUCAGAUGAGUUAUUAGACUACAUUCUUGCUCCAAACGAUUCAUGAAUUUGAUUCUUUACUAUACUGUGAACAGCCACUACCUGGGUGGUGUUAGUUACGUUGUUUAUUAGGAAGCCGCCUCUUUUAAUUUAGUUCGAACGACACUUCCGACAGUUAGUAACAACUCUUUAUUUGAAGUGGCACAGCUUUUUAUCAAAAAAUCAUCAACUGUUGCGUACUGCCGAUCGAUGGAAGGUAUGCCGGAUAUCAGCAAGCCCAAUUAUUCUUUAUAACCGGCAGGAAAGGACAGAUCACUUGACUUGGUGAUUUGCGGUUUCCGAGGUCUGAAAAAUCCUAUGCAAUCGAACUGGGGUGAUAGUGCUGCUCACUUUCCGCAGGACACUCUCAAUGUCUGUCUGGUUGUCUGACCUGACCUUGUGUGCGAGAUGCCUCACCGGUGUCUACUUAAGCCUCCGCGUCAAAUGAGGUGGGGUGGGCGAGGCGAUCAAGCAAUGACGUUAGUGAAAAACAUGGAAAUCCUAACUAUCCUUGAAAAGUGAAGUUGGACGUGCGCGACUGGUCUGCCUGGGCUGAUUUAUCUCUAAAAUUUGCCAGAUGCGGCGUGUUUCUGUAGCCAUUCAUACCUCAUUCACGCUUUCGCGUGCAUUCCUCCUCUCUACACUUCUCUCGCCGACGUUUUCCCAUGAUUUUUGACUUAUUUUGUAGUCGAAUGUCACGAUUUGAAACUGAGUCAUUUCAGUAGUAGUAAAAGUCCGAUUCCCGGGUGGCAUGUCAAAAGAAGAAGAGGCGUUCAUCGGGAGAGGCUUAUUGGAGGUCUGAAGUUUCGAGUUAUUUCGCCUGCUCAGUUUCGGAGAGUAGAAAGUGGUUCACACAGCUUUUAUUAUAUGGCGCACUUUGUUUGAUACAUAACCUGCCUAUGCCGCCUGUAUGGGUUGCAUGCGACCCGCAUUUCACCGCGUCCUCUGUCGCCCUCGCCCUGCCUGAAAUUUUCAAAGCGGUUAACUAUAUUUUGACUUACCCUGAAAAUCAGCCCUUCGAGCUAUUAUAUAUGCCGUUUUCGCAUCGGACGCCUAAAAUUUGCAUGCAACCCCAGUGCUUGUUUUAGCACUACAGCUUACGUAUGAGAGGGUAUUUACUAAACCAACUUUUUUGAGAACGAGGACUUAACCUGCAAAAGUCCACAAAGCCAUUCUCCUUGAAAAUUCUUGCUCUUUAGGCGCUUUCAGUCAGCAAAAUUUCAUGUAUGUGGUCCACUUUAAAGAACUUGAUCGCUUGGCUAGGAAUAAACUUACCUUUGAUAUUUCUUACGUGACCGACUUUCUUAAUGGCAUCCUCCGGAUCACUCAGUGACUGGAAGUAUCACCCAAACAUAAUUUUAAAAAACUUAAACUCAAGAAGCGUCGUAGAAGUCAUUGCGGCUUGCAUGAAAAUAUUCGACCGAUUGCUAGAUAGCCGGAGGAGACAGUCCACAAAUUGCUUCCAUUAAUCACUCGCUUGGUAGAGCAAUCAGGGGAUAUCCAGGCCUCUUGAACCUGCAUUGCUGUAUCAUCGCCUCGGCUCACGAUCUCAGCGACGUCGAAGUUGAAAAUGUCUCCCAUUUGCUGAUCGGAUGCAGCCAUGCAGGCGGCAUUGGCGGGGUACGCAUCAACGUGGGCCGUAUAAUGAGAUCUGAAGAUGAGUAGGCAAAAUUAAUAAUCGAGACGUCAGACCUCUAGUAAACCUCCCCGGUGAACGCCUCUUUUUCUUUUGACUGAGUCACUUAUUUGUUUGUUUUCCCGUGAACUAAUGCCAUUCGCAUUUUCUAUGCCAUGAAUACCACCCUACCACUUGUCCCGAAAAGCCUUGCAUUCGUAUGCUUUCAAAGGGUCCUCUCUGGUUGUGCUCAAAUGGAGCUCGGUUCUACAGCCUUGCAGAUCUAAUGCUUCGGUUAAUUUUCGAAAUAAGCCUAGAUCUUUCCCAUAUUUUACAUUAGAUAAAUAACAGUUGUACACUUAUGGCUACACGCAGGCUUUUAAGGAACAGUACUUCUGGAUUAUAAAAACUCGUUGUUGAGCGUAACCCUUUCUACAUAAGACUUAGGUGCACUGAUUGGUACUGGAUGCACGAUCAAACUGAGCCUUUCCUUCUUCCUUUGGGGCUGAGGGACGUCCACCAGCAAUCAAUAAUGGAGAAUUUUUUUCUUCCAACAAGAAUAGGGACAAUAAAGUUGCCACUUCUGACCUGUUUGCCGUCAUCAGCCAUCGAUACCCCAAUUUCGGGUUACACACACCCAGGAUUCUAAGCUCCACGCAGUUGCUCACCCAACAACGCCCUCGACGGUGCACUCACGGGUUCGCGCCGUGCCAAGUGAGAUCAGGAGUCUUUAGUCAGACAAAAGUGGGUGAUGCACCGAACCAUCCUCAUUACAGGACGGAAAUGAGCACUUCCUGUUUGCCUUGGGGCUGAGGCUCUACGACUCACACAGGCGAUAUCAUGGCGACUAGAAAUCGAUAGGGGAUAAAUUUACCGACAAGCACAGACACACUGAUACGAUCGUUUAUGGCUUAUUUACAGCCUUCAGCUAAUGGUAGGACAGUCCCGAACCGUCCGCCGCUUCCGAAUAUUCUCCAGCGCAGCCGACUUGACGUGAGCCCUCAGGGCAGCGGCGAGGGUGUCGCUCGACGACCCACCGACACUGGCUCGGACCUCAGUCGUGCAGCCUGCUAUUGAGGCAUCACAGACUGAUGUCGGCAAACUAGCCAGAAAUGCCCAUUCCAAUGUCCCUGUCUUUGUACCCGAAACUCCUGGAAGGUUUGAAUUACCUAAUGACAAGAAAUAGCCGACAGACGGAAGGGUCUCUCGUCUUACGUGACGCACAGAAAAUAUCAACUACCAUUUCGGUCGGUGGGCCCACACCAGUGGCACUGGGGCAGGGCGUCCGAUGCGAAUUCGGGGAGUUGACGGCUCACUUCUACCCUAGGGCCACUGUCAAAUAAAGCGUAAGUAGUAGGCUAUUAUCAACAUGCACAGCCUUAGCGUCUGCCAAAUUGUACGUUGCGUUUCCCUCAGGGAUAUAUGAGCCGGCGAGGUAUGUUUUUUACCAGGACGAACUCUUUGGACCGAGGUCGUGCUGAUUUUCGGGUUAGGAUGUGGUGAGAUGUAUUGACGAGAGUUGUCAGAGAUAGAGGAAGGUUGUGUGAACACGUAGAAAUUUGCUCGACACGAUCCGAUCCGGAUCGAACGUUCACAAUGCGAACAGGUGAAUUACGGAAAGUCAACAAUGAAAUUGUCCCCCGCCCCCGUGACAUGGCUGCGGUGGAUGCGAAGGUGUCCCAGUUCAUGUUCCUGUCUGUCCCCACAUCUUCGUCUCUUCGUAGUCUUUUUUGCCCAUUAUUAGUGUGAUGGGUGGUAGCCGUCUAUUUUGCCUUGCUUCCAUUUCCUAACCUUUGCAAAACGUAGUACACCUAGCGACACUGUGUUCCUCCAUUUUUUGUCCUUAACCCUCUGCGGAAAGCUGCGUCGUUUUAUUAGCGUGAUGGGUGGUAGCCGUCAAUUUUGCCUUGUUUCCAUUUCCUAACCUUUGCAAAACGUAGUACACCUAACGGCACUGUGUUCUUCCAUUUUUGCCCUUACCCCUCUGCGAAAAACUGCGUCGUUUUAGACUUAAUUACUUCCACCAUAUCCGCGUAUAUUUUAGGAGCGUCAGGAGGACGUCGCUUGCCGAACCUGGGACGUGCUCAACACAAAGUAGGUUUGGUGCCUUAUAUAGGUUUUUAGCUCGUGUCAGCACAUAAUUUUCUACAUUUAACAUUUCGCAACCACACCUUGAGUUUUUCUUAGUUACCUGGUCUUCCAGAUAGAUGUCAUUAUUUAACAUUUUGAAAUCGGGCUCCGGAAAAUAGUUUUUAUGGGAUUUCUUCGGUGUGUGCGAGUUACUCAGUGUUUCGAGCUAUGUGUUCCUUAUUUAUUAUUUGGGAUUUUUGUUCAUCUCCAGAGUCUGUUGUGCGUGGUGUCACAUUUUCUAUUGAACACACAUCUUAGAGCUUACUGCGUUCUUCUGCGCUCACAGUUUGGGAGCCCUUCGCUGCCACAAGAUAAAUCAGUCAUCGCUUUUUGAUGGCAUAUUACAGCCGGCUAAAGGCACCAGGGGCAGCCCACAUACCCCAUUAAGACACCACCACUGCGUUAGCAUGGCCAAAACGUUAAUUGGUUGUUAGUUUCGUGGAUUUAUUUCGACCGACCUUUGAAUCAGCAACCGUAGUGGCAGUAAUUACAGUAGCCUUUGACGUCCUAAGGUCAUGGUUGGCGCGCUCCUUCGAGGACCGCUUGUUGCGCCCCACCCUCUUUUUCUUCCUCGGCGGAUGCCCAGGCUAUCGGGGUGCACACCGUCCCACAUCCUAGCUGGCCUCUUGAGCGACUUCUAUAUGCACCAGGUCAGUAGCAUUUGUUGAUGCGCGUAUCCCCAGUCGUGGUAAUUUUGGUGCCAUUUAUUUAUUCAUUGCAUACGGCUCGAGUAAGGUCAGGGGAGACUGCGCUGUUAGGGCCUGGACGUCGGCUCCGGCAAAAGUACACCUGCCUCGGUUCGCCCCUAUUUUAAAUAGCAGGUGAUUUCCUGCUGAAGUCCCGCGGCUUUUCAACCAGAUUUACCAGGUGACAAUUGACUCCAAAGUCAAACUUUAUACUCAUGCUAUUUUCUUUCAGUGGCUCCUCCGCCGGCGACUUUUGUGAGACCCGCUGGUAUGGAGGACGCGAGUACGUGUGCGAGUGUCAUCCACCUCACGCCGGAACUUUCGCUGUAGGCCUAGUCUUUAUCAUGAACAGCGGUGACCUAAAGGUACGUCUCUUAUUAUGGCAGCUCUGCUACUUCACCGACGCUAGCUUUGAGGUUUUGUUGUGUUACUUUUUUCUUUGGUUUGCUUCCUUUGCUCGAAGGGCCGUAACUUUCGCUCAGUUUGCGAUAUCCGAGCCUGAAGGCCACUUUUAAGGUGCAGUCGACUAUCACAGUCUUUGGAAAGGAAUUUUCCCCAGAUAAUUAGAUGCUUCCUAAUUGCUGCCUAUGACGCUUCCAUGAAGUCUCUGAAAUCACUGCAGCUGUCUCAUUCCGUCAUAUAUGUUCUACUGUUCGCAUCAUCUCAUACAGGCGCCUCAGUACUAUCGUGACGCAUGAUUUUUACGACCGGGCCCCGUCAUUUUAGGGAAGGAUGCCUGCGGCAGCUACUAAAGUGCCUUACACUUGCCCUUCUCGAAACCCAACCUAUUGUCAACACACAGCACCUGCUGAAGCUAAUGGGACAUGCGAAUCCCUACAAGAAAAUCUCGAAAUUUCGAAAUCCGUCCCCCGAACUAAGGGGUGGAUGAAAGCAUUAUACAGUGGCGACAAAUAAAUUUGUCGUGUUUAAUCACAUGUUAAUCGGUUUCCUUCUUGUGGAUUAUUUAGCGGUACCGUCACGUUAUUCAGAGCCAGCUUAUGAAUCACCCAACUAGUGUCAUGGUUUCUUUAAACAACAACCGGGACUCGCCUUCCCUGUCUAAAUUCCAUAUUACUUCAGAAUCCGUCCAGACAAGUGUGCACACGUAUUUGCCUGGCGGCAUGACGCAAUUAUUUGGCCGCAUUUCAUGGGCAUUCCUCGUAUGUUUUUUUGCGCAUAGGAUGUACUAAUGUGAUUUAUUAGUUUGUUUUACGCUCAGCCCCAAAGUACGCCUAAUUUUCUGAAAACCAUGUAAAAAUUUUCGACUGACCCUAGCAGACCUACGUGGACGGAAAAUUGCCAAGUAUGUUUGCCACCUGCCGUGGUUUUCGUCGCCUACUGCAUGUAAAUGAGGCAACUGGCCUUAAACGACAACCUUGUAGCCAUGCUGAUCAACAUGUGGAAUCUGUGCUAGUUGCUGUCUUCAGUUUAGCUGAGUUAUCAUGUACUUUCUGAAGGGGUCUACUCUUUUGUCAUUGUCACCCGAUGUACGUUUAACCACUCGGUAAUUUGUACACAACAUUCAAUGCUGCAGUGUUCGAGACUUAAGGAGGGACCAAAAGGAUGAGGCGUAGAUGUUUUGUCAUGCCAGCCACGGUGGCCGAUCCUAUCUUUAGUCGGCUUGAUCCGGCAUUACCGCCAGGGCAGCGGGGGGGUAAGAGGUAGUGGGCCGAUUACAGGCGAAUUUGUCUCCCUAAAGUAUAAUUGACGUGUCUUCUAGCUAUAACUGCAGGUCAAAUGUCACGACUCUGAACUUCUCCAGCUAAUGUGUUAACGAGAUCCUUUAGCUCUCAAUGAAAGGUCAGGUUGAAAUGACUCGUUCUUCACACUGACUCAUGAAACUCCUCUCCCACUCUCUGCAUAUGAGGUUGUAGCAAGUGAAGUCUUCUUUGUGUUGAGUGGGGGAUCAGAUAUUAAGUUGGCCAGUUAUCGACCACUGUAUGGCAGGCCAACUACCGAAUCCACGCCCAUCCCAGUUUAUGCACGUGUUACCAGACUUUAAAGACACUGCUUUGAAAGUUUUGUCGGCAAGAUCUUAUUUCAUGGCCGUACCUGUUAGGGUCCAGCAUCAAGUGUUAGGGUUAGGGGUUAUGGGUUAGCUUUAGGGGCUAAAGAUAGGGGCUGGGUUUAGUGGUUAGUGGUUAUGGGUAGGGGUUAGCAGAUAGGGUCGACGGUUAAGUUGGGGCUUGUCUACUGCAGGUACGGCUACGAAAUAAGAUCCGACCGUUUUGUCACCACCACCACCCAACUCACACGGAAAUCACCAUUGAUUCCUCAGGAGAUGCUAAUUCUCAUUCAGUGCUACUGGUAAACUAUUAGAUUAAAUUACAAUAAAGACGUAUACACAUCCGGCCGCCCAAGGGAAUUUUCCCGCUGGCCCCAUUUUCUUUCCCAUUUGGUCCUAAGAAAUCUCUUCUAGUCGUCCGGUAUUUUGUCUGCCGUUCUGGAAGGUUGUUCUCCGUCGCCACCUCAGUCCAACUACACCAUUGACUAGAUCCUUUGAAGAACUCUAUGCGGCUCUGAUGGCGUUUGAUUUGCGUCUCGGUGCCAACUGACUGAUCUCUCCCUGCUAGCCCCAGACUAUAAAGUGGGGCGUCCGGGUGUCGCGGACAAGUAAAGACGCUAAACUAGUCGGUUUAUCAACAAACGUUGGACAGACAAGUGCUUUGAGCCGCAUCACUGACCACGAAGCGGCGUCUCACGAGAUGAAUUGCUUUUGCCUUUAAGAUGAGUACCUCGGGACGAAGUUAUUGUCAAAUGGACACAGUAAGAACCACGUCGUAGGCCGAAUCGACUCUGUUUGCGGGGUUUUCGCACGCCUUAGAAAGUGACUCUGCACCCGACACGACGUGUUCAUUAUCACAGAGAUUCGUGUGUGUUGGCAAUCUGCGCCGCCAGUCCUCCUAUACGAUCGCGAAUGCCGGACUGUGCAUAUGGAAGACCAACAAAAACCGGAGAUGUCAGAUCACCGCCACCUCUGAGGUAUUGUCCGAAUGAAGAACACCAAGUUGGUUUCCACUGAAAAAGUGCGGACUCGACGCGACAGUAUCGCUAUGAUAUUUCAGCUCAUUUAAGGAAGUGAAUCGAGGUGGUUUAGACACCCUUUUCGUCAUGUCCGAUGAACACAGUGUUGCCAUCCUUGAUCCAGUGCCGUUGCCUACGUGGAGGCGUCGAAGAGCAGAUAAACUCCAAACUUGACUCGACAGUUCGUCCAGAAACGGAGAUGGUUCUCGGGCCUUCGGUAUUCAUUCUUGGUCUUGGAGGAUAUAAUGGGUCGAGUUCUGCAGAUCCCCUGUCGUAAGUCAUCAGGUGUAAAGGGGUACGAUUCGCGACAUCGUCCAAGCCGUCUUGAUCAGACAUGAUAGCAGCCGUACAAAUACAGCAUCAAGUCUGGACCGAGUCUACAUCACCGAACCGGCUAAGCGCCUAUAGAAUCGUUGGAAUGCGGACUUGCAGCAAGUUAUUAGCUAAGAAUGUUAAGUUGACACCAGAAAUUCUUUCUUCCAAAAACAACCAUAUUUUUCUUAACAAUUUCUGCACACGAUACGGCGGAGGCUCGGUCAUAGAAUCAAUAAUUUUCUUCACUUGACGUUUCAGAUUCACACUCGGACCUAUCCGUUUCACACUUCAAUCGCUGCAGCCUAGAUUCCAGUCCUGCGAAGUUAAUCACCUCGCCAGUUAACAGCCCUCCAUGAUUCAGGGAACUAAUGUGACUCCUAAGCGCAUUACAUUUGCUUUAUUGCGGAGGACCCUCGUGAGGCCAUAUUCACUUUCGCCUCCUCGCAGCAGUAGCCAAUGGUAUAAUCGAGAAAGACCAAUCAACGUAGAGGUGGCGGUGUCAGGAAUAACGUACGGUCUCCAAUCCCCCGAAUGUCACCUAUUUUUUCGAUCCCCUUCUAGUUCUACUGCAACGACGCCACUGGAUUUGGAAGCCAUUUAAUAUAGAAAAGAGGCCUAUCGUAAACGACAGUAGUCGGCCAUGUAAACAAACAAAAAUAAGUGAACUAUCCUUGUAGAUAGUACUGCCACUCAUUUGUCGACACAAGUAGGAAAGCGAGUUUCAGGAAACAGAUGGGAGUGAGGCACGAUCGCUGGGGCAAGAAUUUUAUUCAUCUGACGUUUCCGUCCCUUUCUUGAGCCCCUCUUCAAGGACGGUACCAGAUGAAAGUAGUCGAUGCGCGAGAGUUUAACUGCUCACGUAGUGCUGUUCCUAUACCAUUGCAUAUCUAUCAAAGUUACUUCUCUUUCUUAUCUUACAUGUUCGUGCUUAGUGCUAUGAUGAGUUGGUCGUCCACAUCCGAGGCGUUGAUUUUUGCAACUUAAUCGCCAAUGUUAAUUAUCACUUAGCAAUUUGGCUGACCGAAACCGUCACUGAAAGUAUUGACGGUCUACGUGCUGCCCGCAUGACCGAUUUCACUGUCCGGAUGGAGUUUGUGCUUCAAAUAUGAGGAGAAAUCAUUGCGCUCGUUGAUGGAUUGCUGGCCGGGGAAUCACGACGAGCAGCUCGCUAUUCCGGUGAAUGUCAACUCUUGCGGGAAUGUCGGCCUCGUCGAGCCUGGAGGCGUGGUCGGGUCCACUCGAGGGAGCCGCGACUUGACAGAUGGCGUUAUUUCCCCUAACUGCCGUUGUUUCUUCAGCCUCCUGCGCCAGGAUUAACCCUCCUGUUCCCCCCGUAUCUGCUGUUUUUCUCGUUAAUUUUUUUCCUAAAGCCCCUCUCCUUUUACCUCCGCAAUUUGUUAUGAAUGAUGGUAAUGCCGUAUGUUACUAAGGGAAUUUGACACUUCUUUUUCGUCACUUACCAUUAUACUAUGGGCAUGACGAUGCAAUUUUAGCUGAAAAGUUAACGUAUAAAAACCUCGAGGUGCUUUUUGAGUGUCUACACGAGUUUUAACUAAUCUUUUCAGAAUCUGAAAAAGUACGGACUGGCCAUCAGCGCAGUGAACUAUGUUUGCUCUGGCAUCACCAUCGUAGCACUGUCUUUCUUCCUAUUUUUCACGAGAUUUGUGUAAGUUUCUCUUCUACGCAAUACACACAUUUAUAUGCAUACCCCAAUCUACACAUAUGUUAAGAAAGCAGGCGAUUUCUGUGAAUGAAACUACAUUCAUCUUGCCUAGAAAAUAAUCAACAUUAAGUAAGUCAGGUCGGUCCUAUUCUGUCGUCAGUGAAUCAGAUGGCUCACAGGCGGGUCCUAUCAGAUGGGUCAUAACCAUUUCCUGAAAGCAAAGUUCAGCAGUACCUCCCCAUCUGGCAUUCUUCAUCGCUGCAGAUGGGACGUUUAUUUAAACAAUAAUGGAUUCUCGCCUAUCCAUUGGCUUAGCAAAACAAACCGCCUUCCAAUAUGUGGCGGAGAUCAGGAAGACGCAACCACCUGCUAUGAUAGAAGAGGGCCUGCGGAGAGAUGCAGAUAGAUUGAUACAAAACUAGCUUGGACUUAUUCUGCCUUCAUUCAGCUAAUCAUAACCCUGACCAUAAUCUCGGAGUAGAAACACAAACAUGCACAUGUAUUCAGCGCACAUAUUCUACAGACGGGAUCUGUUACAUGGGCCAUGGGCUCUUACUUGGACGCUUGUCUGUCCCCUAAUUUAACGUUCCACCUGAGCACACACCGAUCGAAGGCGAUUUCGGCACAAACCGAAUCGUGUUCGGGCGGCCGGCGGAAGAUUUGACCUGAAACGUCAGACGCUGUUCUCUAAACCAAACCUUCUCCGAGCACAAGUUGUGCAACCAGCCUGAUCUUCAAAGUGUUCACUUUCAGUGCAUAAAACUGACAUGGGGAGCUUGUGACAAGGGGACUGAACUUGCCCCUCCAGGUGUUCAGGAAAGCCACUCCGUCCCAAACACGCGACGUCACAAACGUCGAUGCGAUGGAAGAGUCAACAUUAAUAACUGUCAUAAAAUUAAUCUCAUUACUUCUUAAACGAGACAUGACUCCAUACUUCCUUUAGUAAGCAGUUAAGGGAUCUUAUUUAGGAGCAUCACAGUUGGCGCUUCGCAUACUCUUCUAUGUUACAUCAGGUGCAUAUCCAAACGCGGGACUUAAGCAUUUACAAUACCACAGCUGUUGAAAUGUAGAGGAUCGAGGUGUUUCACAUUCGAUACUCUCGGAGAUAACCUAGGCAUCGGCUUAUCGAUCACGUCCCACAGGUUAACCCCAACUUACUGCUAACAACGGAAAUAAGGCAUCUUCUCGGAGAAUUCCGUUACGCAGUCUGCCGACGAGAGUUAGAGCUCAUCCGCACUGUCAGCUCUCUGAAUCUUUGAGUUGAUGCUGCUGUUGAAGUCGACUGAAAAUUAGAUGGUUGCAGCAGAUGGGACGUUUAUUUAAACAAUAAUGGAUUCUCGCCUAUCCAUUGGCAUGGCAAAGCAAACCACUUUCCAGAUUUGACCUGAAACAUUAGACGCUGUUCACUGGACUAAACCUUCUCCGAGCACAAAUUGGGCAACCAGCCUGAUCUUCAAAGUGUUCACUUUCAAUGCAUAAAACUGUCAUGGGCAGUUUAUGACAGGGGACUGUACUUGCCCCUCCAGGUGUUCAGGAAAGCCACUCCGUCCCAACCACGCGAUGCCACAAACUUCGAUGCGAUGGCAAAGUCAGCAUUAAUAACUGUGAUAGCAUUAAUCUCAUUACUUCUUAAACGAGACAUGACUCCAUACUUCCUUUAGUAAGCAGGUAAGGGAUCAUAUUUAGGGACAUCACAGUUGGCGCUUCGCAUACCCUUCUGUUACAUUGGGUGCAUACCCAUACGCAGGACUUAAGCAUUUACAAUACCACAGCCAAAGCCGUCCCGAUUUACAGCUGUUGAAAUGAAUAGGAUCGAGGUGUUUCACAUUCGAUACUCUCGGAGAUAACCUAGGCAUCGGCUCAUCGAUCACGUUUCACAGGUUAACCCCAACCUACUGCUAACAACUGAAAUAGGGUAUCUGCUCUGAGGAUUCGGGUACGCAGUCUGCCGACCGGAGUUGGAGCCCAUCCGCAAUGUCAGCUCUCUGAAUCUUUGAGUUGAUGCUGCCGUGGAAGCCGACUGAAAAUUAUAUGGGUGCAGCUACCUCAAAUUUGGAGAGGGUGCUGGGCUUGAUGUUCAUCGCUGUUCGGGGAUAGAAAGAUUGCUUGACAACGAUCACAGUGCGUAUAGCCAACUCUAGUAGGAUAUAGGUCGCAUAAGUUCGCCAUGUCAUGGACUCUGUAAUCGGCUAAACCAUCGUUGGCGCGAGCCAAUGUGAGUAAGAGUAGGGUUUACAUUCUCAACUUUUUUUAAAUCAUCGAAUCUAUCCGGGAUGUAGUUUGCCGCUUAUAGUCUAGGAAACUUGCCAACAUUGAAGAUCGAUUAGCACAAUCAAGACCCAUAAUGCGCACUUCAUGACGUACAGUUGCUCUCGCCGACCCUCUGAUUCCGAUGCUCUAUAAUAAAAUUGACGGAACAACACUGUGGGAAUAGAACUGUCCUUUUUAUACUAAAAGUACGCGUUGAGCUGGUGCAAUAGCGUCAGCAGUAAUCGAACAGCGGCUGAUAUCCCCCUCUCAUGCUGGAGUCGCUGGCGAUGUACUAUGCGAUUAGGUGACGUCUGUUCUAAUCUUUGAAUACAAGUAUGACGGAACCAUAAGACCCCCCUUGUGGGUACAAGAUAAGUUUUCGCAGUGGAGCAAAUAGUGGGGAAACAGAAACCCAUGUUUCUACAUAGAUGACUGAACUGCUUAACAACCAUUGUUCAAGUGUGUUCAAUAGGGGAAGGGGUGAGGAGACUACCCGUUAAUUGAACUCCCACGUCGCAAACUCGGUCGUUCAAUGGAUGUUCAGUACAUCCAUAGUUCUGCUACAGUACACCAAUCUUUCACAUUGCAAUUCCUAAUAGUGCCGCCACUGUCCCUUAACGAUUUCUUGGUCAGAUUUAGGGGUCUCUUUCCUGACUUUGUGAAACGGACUGUCGCCAUUCAAUCGUCCUUUAUUUACCAUUUUAGAGGGGUCUUCCGCCUCGACCAAUUCCACAUCGCCCUUUGUCUUCUGCUGAGCACUGUCGUUGCUCUCUUUGUGCCACACGUGUCCGGAAACUACACCUUUCUCUGUACCUCUGUGGCUAUUUUCGUCAAUUUCUUCCCCCUAUGCGCCUUUGCCUGGAAAUUCAUCUGCGGCCUCACCGCUCUGCUCAUGGUGUACGUUCACCCUCCCAGUGUUUAUGUUCAUCUUCCCCCAUGCACGUCCCCAGAGGGAGUUGUGCUGUUGCGCCAGACCUCGAGGAGGCCAGGCAAGUAUGCAGCGCGCAAGAGUCGGCUGCAUUAUACCCUGUCUGCCGCUCUCUUUUCUCUUAUCCGUUUUUCUGGCGUAAACUUGCCACCGGUGUAAGAAGGUUGGGGAGGCUGGGUGUGAGGCUGAUGCUACGCGACCUUUGCGCAUUAUGACAAAUCUGAGACCCUUUUGACCUACCACAACGUCCUUCGCCGUAGCUUGGAAGGCUGUUAGCCAGCCUGCCAAACAACUCGUUCCUCGAUGCUGAAGAUCGAACUUCACGAACUCUUUAUUGUGGUCUUUGGGCAACUUGACAGAAUUUACUUCGGCCGAGCGAAGUCUUUAUUUGCGGGAAUUGAGAGGAGGCCGGCAAUUUAUCUCUGCUCAUAUUGCGCCGAUUCUCGUCUCUUGCAAGGGACGUGGUCUAGAAGCUGCUAUGCUUCUACUACUUGAUCUUAACGUAUAUACAAUAAACCUCCUGUCGAGUUAUCAUGUAUUUACGCCCAUUAUUUCACCGUCGUUAUGAAGUAUACUUCGGAAUUGCUAUAAACACUUCCGGCCUGCAGAAUUCGGCUUUUCUACCUUGCACCACAGCCCGUCGUCAGAUGUGACAGGAGCAACGAAGCAACCAGUUCAUACCGAGUGACUUCAUUAAGUUUUGGUAGGGCUACUGGUCUGGAGAUGGCCUCGCAUAUGAGCGCAUGUCAGGGGCCAAAAAGUGCACCCCUUCAGCAUUCAAACUCCACUAAUUAUACGUAAUUCGCAAAGUCGUCUCAUGUCGGUCUCGAAGAGGUCGCUUUUUGCGAAGCCACUUGCCGUAGUAUGGGCAACGAUGUAAUUCCCAUGAAAAGUGAUUCUCUGUAUUUAUUAAUGAAACUUGCCAGAACCAUGGUUGACUGUUAGACACCAAAGCAUACAUUCGGCAGAGGCUUUGUCAAAUCAACUACAUCGUCCAUUUUAUUUUCCAUUCGGAUUGGCUUGAACCUGCCACUGAGAUAUGAUGGAAGAGAGUCUGCUUCACCUACCUGGGGUGCACAUGUGCGGUGUCACAGAGUGCCAGUAAUCACGCUUUUGCGGGUCGCCAUCUUGUGUUAUAUUUCUGUUUUUCUGUAAGUAAGAGGUCAGACUACAAGGGCCCCCAAGUGUGGUUUUUGUGACAAUUCGCCAAGACUCCCUUCUUGGUCACUGCUUCACGUAGGCCUAGGGGCCAACACGUGUUUCACCUGCGAAGGACGUUAUUAAGGUGGCCACCGCGCAAACGCCCAUCUCGAGUCGUCUUGACUUUGUCUUGCCACGUUAACGCGUUGUGUGCGAUAGGUGUCGCGCGAGGUCUUUCGCUAAAAUUUUGUUCGUGCACAGGUCAUCACUGCGUCUUUAGAACAGUUGAAAUUUUGGUCACCUACAAUGUAUGGACGAUCAGAGUAACAGUGAAAUUAGUUUUUUUUUCCUAUUCAGACCGCCCCUUCUUGAACAGUCCACUAGUAAUAAGGAUGACUGCCUCUCAAAAGCCAACUCUUUUCACCGUGAGUGGCCAACUGGUGGACUGAGUCAGGCUCAAUUGCACUUUAAUUUGGCGUCUAGGACACUCACGGAUGUUAGAUUCGAUCUGAGUACCCCCCCCCCCUUUGUGUGAAAACCUAAUGUGCUAUGCGCUCGCGGACGGGCUGUUUAACUCAACCCUUUACGGCCGAUCCCCACAUAAGAUGGCUUUCUGGCGAGGAUAAUAGACUAGUGCCUAUGAGAGGGAAGAAAUAGUGAGGACUGGGGAUUGUCCCCACGCCACUUCGGUGAGGCUCGGAAACGCGGUCUCCUUUGGCGAAAAGCUUAUUACUUUGCUACUAGCAUUAAUUUCAGUAGGUGUGCCAAAGUUAGCACGCCUAGGUUUGGGAUUAGGGUCGGGAGUUAGGGGAUUGGUGCUAGGGAUAGGGUUCGUUGUUGAUGUUCGAUUUGGGGUUAACUUGAUUGCUUACGGUCACCAUCAAAGACAGCUUCCUCGAUCCCGUUUUGUUCAUUAGAAGUUAGGCUUACUUUUUAAGCUAGGCUUGCGGUCCAGCUCACGGUUUACGCGGUUUUCAACUGGUCUUCUGUCUCGGUUUUGAAGAUAAGGUUUACUGCCAAUUUUGUACCCACUUCCAGCAAUUGCCGUCUGAUUUGUCACUUACUUGGGCGGUUCAGUUUCGAUUGCAAUGAUAGGCCCAUCACCAUUACUCCUACUGGACUUGGUUUUUAUUGGUUACUUGUGACGAAUGUUAGUAUUGCGCGCUGCUUACGCCAAGAUUUUGGAGUCCAUUUAAUCAAACUAGCCCAUUUACCUUUAAUACACCCGUUCUUCUUUUAUUUUUAGCACAUUCUUCGGUGUUUUUCCGUAGCCCCACCCAUAAAACCCCACUACUACGGUUCCCGUAUUGGAGGCGUCUGGAUUUCCACAUUUUCCAGCGUGAUCGCGUUUCCGAGCCUUGCCCAUAUUUCUUGCUAUAAACGGGAUUAUUCGCCUUUGCAAUAUCACGGUGUGCUAGAAGCCGUGGCUUAGAAGGCAGCCAACUAACUCAGUCCUCCUGUCGGGACGAAGAGUCAGGCUGCGAUAUCUCCUGAAUGUGGCCUCUAUGGCACUCCCAUUCAGUUGGGAUCCGAGCCUCCCCCCCCUUUUUUUGCGUGAAAACUGGGUUUAUCACUCGCGAACCAGGCGUUUGUGACAAUCGUUGAUGGGCUAUUUGGCUUUGUCACCCAUUGCGUCUGAUCCUGCCUCCGGGCUUCUUAACUUUAUCCUGACACCUUGCCCAGAUUGAUGAGGUUGGAGACGGUGCGGCAGAUGUAGUGUACUUCUAAUUCACGCGCAUUGACCGUCUCCGCGUCCACCCUGCUGAGGGUUGUACGAUGGGCGGCGUCCGUAACAACGUUCGAAAUGUUACCUUUAUUAUUAGCGCUGGUCAAUCCACCAUGCGCUCGCACGCCGCGCUUUUGACAGGUGACUUGAACCAUGCUUAGCAACUACUUACAAAAAUUCAAGGAGAAUAAUUCUGUCGUUCCCGAUCCUGCCAACUAACUCGAACCGGCUAUUUACCACAGUGCUUUCCAUUUAUUGAACUGGAUUUUCUUCACACUCAGUUCCCCGUUUAGAUGCGUACCUGGCCGCAUGGCCUCUUCUUAUUCACGCGGGCUUCUAAUUUGUAGAGUGGCACCCUACUCAAGAUUCAGUGACCUUAUCUCGCUUCGUGCCUUCUACAUCCCCGCCUCCAUCCUCGCCUACCUUUUCCCAGCUCUGAUAGUGGGUUUCUGGUUCGGAUUCGCUCGUCAGUUCACUUCAGGCCUCGGACUGUGAGUGUUGUGCUGACGAAAUUUGCGGUCAUUUUGUUUGCAUAAUUUUUGUUCUGUACCGUAGAGACGCAAGUCCGAUGAAGCACCAACACUGAGUAACGUCCUUGGAGCUGUUAGCUUGUCACCAUAAUCAGUGACUACACGCUGGCCAGUACUUUCUUGUCCGAAUUAAUUAUUUUAUACUAAGUGUCCUACUAUGAACAACAGUUUGCCAUCGCAGUAAGCAGGCCCUAUCAUUCAAGCCGCUCGCAGCAGUAUCUUGCUAAAACAGCCAACUUCUGCCAUAUCAAAUAGUUGUUUGACUCAAUUUCUGCUGGUCUGAUUGUCCUUACCAGUGAAGCUCUCCUUUUGAUUUCGCGACUUUUCCAUCGUUAGACAAUAUUGUCAGAUAUAUAUGAAUAAAUUGCUCUCCAGCUCUCAGUCUCUUAAUUUUCCUGACUUUUAGCUUUCAUCUUUUCAAGAAGCACCAUGCCUAUCUUUGGUGCCUCCGACAUGACUACUCUUUUCUGCCGCCGUUGCUCUAGUAUUGUGAGCGCUGCGCUGGAUACACCAGAUUUUAAUGACAGCGAGCGAAAAACUGUUUUUGAGAAAAUCAGACAUCCACUAAGUCUGUCGAUUCGAAUGUCCUUUUGUUUAGGCUUGUUUUGAAGGAACACUAUCACACAAAUCACCCUCUGACUUUUGCUAGCAUCGGUGGUCGGCUACUUUUGUGCACAGACGUUGCUUGUUUGAAAAUUCUUGUGGUUUUUCUCGUCGUUCUCUGACACUCCCUUUCUCUCUGCCCGCAGUUGCAUUGGCCCAGACGUCUUGGGUUCCCGAUGGCCUCUUCUUGCGCCCAUUACAGCUGUUGUAUUUUUUAACUUCAUCGUUCUCGUUACCGUUGGUGCCGUUAUCUUGCGCAGCUACCUUGCCACUCGUCAUACCAGAUUCACCAAGUCAACGUAAGUUCCCCAGCAACUCAUCUACUGCUAGGAAGAUCUUUUUAGCUACUUUUUUUCUUAACCCCGUACUUCUUGCGCCCCCUCCUUUCUGUAAGAUGUCUUUGCAUUUGACUUUUGCUCUUUUUCAGGAACUUGCUUGUACUGGUACAAUUGAUGCUCACACUUGGAAUGCCCUAUAUGCUAAUCUACGUCCAAAUCAUCAGUCCAGUCAUUAUGAUCCUCAUCCUGCCUGUAGGAAUCGCAGUUACAGCCGUUUUCAUGUUCCUUCUUGUUGCUGUCAUAGACGAUGUAAGUUGAAUGUCCCAGUAUAUUGGAUGCAUUUUCCACUAUAAAUGCUCCUUUUCGAACCUUUUACCUUCACUCCUUUCGUUUUUUCCUUUCGCUAAAGGAUAACCGCCGUCUUCUAGUAGUCUUCCUACAAAGUCUUCGCUCACGGAAAUACGACCCGAACUCUGAAAAUAUGAAGAACGCUGGCCUUUCGGAGACGAUCACCUCGGUUGACCAGCAAAUGUCACAUAAUCACCACUUCUUCGCCCGCUCAAGGAACCACUUUUUACGUCCACUGUCCCCUUCUCUGAUGGACGAUUUGUCGAACGUCCUUGUGCUGAAUUCUGACGUUUAUACGGACGGGGACAGACCUCCCGUUCUGGUUCCACUCGAGGUCCCUAGCCCACAUCGAAUGGCCAUGCGGCAGGAGUGUGCAGAUCGUCCACUUCCCACAGCACGUUCCUCUCUUACUGUUAAUAUUCCGUCUUUUUGUCUUGCUAUGUUCUCAGUGUCUUUCUUUUUCAUCCGCUUGAUCUUCCGUCUCAUAUUAUUUUGCGACCUCACGAAUUUUGGCCUCCAUCUCCGUCGCCGUGACAACUUUUGGCACUUUGUCCUAUAUUAUCUUAUAGGCUGCUUGCCAGGUGGGUAUAAGCGUCGGCAGAUCUUAGGCCAUCCAACAUUAUUGGCAGCCAGCCCUUAUUUGGUCGGUUAAGUGAGCUUCUAUCAUGGAGACCUCUUGCGCAGAAACUGUGGAAAGCCUGUUAGUAAGAUGUUCCCGCUGAAACGCCUCCAACAGAGAGCACCAAACUGUUUUGGAAGGGAAUUUUCAGAACUGUCUUCAUUUAUCCGAAGUAUUUGAUUUGCAUCAUUGUAGCCCGUAUAGGAGCAUUCGGUACUGAGAAUAAUUUCUGGGGGUCCUGGGUUGUUGUCACUCCAUAUCUACCAGGCCGUUGUAAAAGUUAUCACAUUUUCUCGAUAGGAACGAAAAUGCAAAUUCCGGAAAGCAUUUGAGGAGGAAGCAUGGAUAAGGGUUACCAUCGUGAACUGCCUAUAUUUACCUACGUUUUUAUCCCGCCGCGAUCGGUGGGACAAGAAUUUUGCCAACCUGAUCUUUCCGAUUCCUGCUCGAACUCUUCCUCGGAUAAGGGUAAUCAAAGGACGAACGUCGCCGUAUUUAUAGGACCCAUUUUCCAUGUCACCGAAUGCCCAUCAACAUUUGCGGCUUCCGCAUACAUCGCAAAUAGUUGUGUUUGGUACGAUAAUUAUUUGAUGGUCUGGGCCGCAAUUUCAUCACCGAUUUCGGCAACCGGCUCAGUAAUUACUCAGAAAGUUGGCUCAUCGACUUUGGCACUAGAGACAGUGUUCACCCGCGCGCUCUCAAAAUAAAUGCUCAGCACGGAAUAUAGGGUGACUGCGCUUGUUAGUAGGGCUGGUGAACCAUGGCUUAACCAGCUGAAGGCUCAUGCGGUUGUCACUUCUCGUGAGAAUGUCGGCCUUGUCGAACUUGGUGGCCGGUACCGUCGGAUGAACUGCACCAUAUUAUGUAAACGACUUCAGACGUUUAUUGCCGUGGCAGUCGGUCUCUCGGCUUCAUUUUUGGCGUCUGAUGGAUAUAUCUGACGAGUUUGCAAUCCAAGCCCAAAAAGGUGACCGAGCGGCUGACGGCUUCAGAGACGUUCUUGAGAUUCGGCAACGCCCGCCAAAAUCCACAGCUGGUGCGGUUUGCUCUCCUGUCUCGUGUGCACCGGCCGACGAAGUUACGCGUUUAAGGGGAAUCGACUGUCCUCUUUGCAGAUUUAGGCCGUCUACUGGAUGGUUAUUGCGCAUGGGCUUCUAAUUUUAUAUCAAGCACUGCAGUCAAAUCCUGGCCUCCGUCUGCAUUUCCCAUGCCCAUCCUUAGGACCUGCACGCCACGAAGUCAACUAGACGUUUGCGCCCACGUCCCACCGCCCGUUGAUGCAGGAGGGCAGCUGCAUAUUGCACAUGUUCGGGCAGGCUUUGAUGGGACCCCGACGGGUCUUAAAUAAAAAAUUAUUAUUAUUAUUCUCAGUUCCAGUCGGCAUGCUUUUCCUUUGAGCGUCAACCCAUGCAGAUCGGCUGCUUUCUCUUCUGAGUAAAUUCUUCAUGCUUGAUGCCCACUUCGUUAAUAACCACACCGGGAUUGCAAGUUUCACUGGACAUGCUGCCUCCGUUAGUCAGUGAUUCUUAUUUCUCGGUUUCAGGCAACAGCCCAAAGCAGUGCCGUGCAUGCUUGUGCCUUGCGGGCUAACGACAAACACUAG